AUGAAAUCUCUCUUCUUUGUUACUUUAAAGCUUCUCCAUUGGGUUAAAGAUAGAACUAGCGAAACAGAAGAGAAAAAACACGUGAUUGGUGAAAACCUGACAGAGGCUGAAGCGCUUAGUGCAGACCUACAGGAACUGGAAGCAAGACUCAAGGUUUGUAUCACAUGAUGCGUUUGUGUAGUGCGGAUUGGUCGACAUAAUAUAUUCAUGCUGUUUAAUAGCGUUAUGAAGGGAAGCAGCUUUUUUAUUAAGGGAGAACAAUUGAUUGAAAGAUGUGAUUUAGAACAUAGCUGCCUUUGAAUUUUCCGUUGUCUCGAAACGUCACAAAACAUGCGAGAUUCGAAAAACAUUUAAGGUUAACCUCUUUAGAAAACACGUACUGAAGUCGAGACUGAAUGGCUCUUGGAGGAUGUAUGUAUCCGUGAUGAAGUGUAUGUCUAUUCCAGUUAAAGAAACGUAAAUAAAGAAUCGAUGUGUGGUUUUGUGUUAUGGCCUAACGCGAAACAAAGCCCAUUGGUCGUAACUUUUACCCGGACAACCGAAUGGCAGUGGACUUUUUUUUUGCUACGAAUAAAGAAGGAAUUAGUUCGGGGAAAUAGGCAUGGGAGAGUUCAUCAGGUAUCAGGUUCAUGUUUGGUUCUGUGAUUGUCUUUUAAUGGCUAGAUGCGUGGCAGCUCGAAAAUCUUCACAGAAUUUCCGUUGAAAGGUUCUUUCAAACUCGUUGAGAUUAUGAGCAGUUUGUUCAGAAGUGCAAAGCUAUUCCAAAACUUAUGUUUGUUUUCUAUUUAAGGAUACAUCUGAACUUAGGCUUAUUUUUAAAAAAAAAACAACAAAGUUGGGCUGGGAAGUGCUCUUGUUUGUCCAGAGCCUGCCCCGCGUUUUUUUUUAAACUUAUCUGCGGAGCCACAUUUGCAUCUAUCAAGGCUAUUAGUUUUCAGCACCUGUGUAAAAUGAGGACAUGAUGACUAAGAGCAUUGCUUCCGACAAAGGUGACAUUUCAACAUAGACUUAAAAAAUAUGACUAGUAUCGAUAAGAUUUUCGAAGUAACUUAGAGGGGAAUGGUUUCACCACCGGCGGCAACGCUUCUGGUUUUUCGUGGGCUCGUCACUAUAAACUUUCUUGUGUGUACCAGAAUACUGGGAGUAACCCCCAUAUUUGAAAAUUUCCAUACAUACCAUACACUUCCAAGUGCACGGUCGAAGUUGCAAGGGAAUGAGAAGAAUGAACUUGAUAUAAACAGUUUGUAAAGAUGACGAAUUUUAGAGCACAGAUCCUUUGAAUGUGAGAGCCGGAAAGGUCAUCCAAAUUUCCGAGAAGUUAAUGCUGUCUUUCCAGGAAAAACCUUCAUCCCGCAUAAUAAGUUGUCAGAAUUUGAAACGCUACAUUUUAUGGAAUUUGUAUAGACUCGAACCGUUUUUGUUGUAAUAAAAAUUAUCUUAAGUUAUUAAGGGAGAAUAUUCACCAUGUGAUAAAUUUUCUCCGUCACGCCAUGAUAUCAAAGUGCGCCAGCUGCGUUUUCUUUCUUUCAGUGCAAAUAGAAAAGUAUAUUAAUUGACCUUUAUAAACACGAAGUUUACAUACAGUUAUACUCGACGACGUGACAUAGCUUGGACUACAAAUCGUCUUUGCUCGUUGCUCGCUUUUCUGUUAAGUUUUUUAUUUACCAGACAUGUAAUGUGACGCCUUUCGUUUUGACCGCAGCCAAGCGAGUUCUGAUCAAAUGCGCGUAAACAUUAGCCUCAAGUAUGAAAAGUAUUUGUUCACUGGGGCGUGGAGAGCGCGAUGGAAUGUGGCUGGUUUUAAGUGGGUUGGCAUGUUUCGGCAUUUUAAGUUUGCAUAAGUAAUCAGCCUUAACUGUCGACCUAAGCUUUUGGCUGAAUAUUGCUGCAUCAAUUUAACUCACCAUUGUUGGAUUCUGAGUAUCGAAAUCCUGAGAGGAGGUAAGCUAAUGAAAGCACUUUUAAUAGUUAUUUUCGUGGAAGCCAUUCUCAUCCUGGAUAAUGCCAAGGGAGAAGCCAUUUUAGUGUCACGAUUGCUCGUCCUGACUCACCUAAAGUGAAAAGUAACACAUCCUUAAAGCUUCUGUUCAUUCGAUCAGGUGUUCUAUCGCACUUAGUUUGGCGUUCGAUCAUUAUUUUCUUUCCUUUUCGUGCUUUAAAGAGCUGGGAGCCUUAAUAACUAUCAUGCGUUUGAAAGACGGUGCGAAUCCAUGCUGGCAAAAGAGCAGUGAAUCAUUGUUAUCGUGUAUAAAUACUAAUUGUCAAUUUGUAUACAACCACAGAAACAUUCAGGUCGAUCACAAUAUCACAGAGACCUGAGUUUAUGUACUUGCCUGGCUUGGAAGAUUCUUGUUUAGCGAGAACAUUACUAAGAUUUUUUGUUUGAUCGAGGCUAUGUCUGUGCAGGAAUUACAGGUCACUGUGUACAAAAUACACGGAUUUUAAGAAGAAAAAGUAUUUAAGGAUUUCAGUCACAGACGCUAAACACGAAGGGCAGAUUUCAUCUUAAACUAAGUGAAUUGUAUAUCUGGCUGUAGAUCGAUAUGACGAUAAUCGAUGAAAUGGACGUUUCGUGUUAAUUAUAACGCCAGAGGCAAUGACGAUAAUGUAAUUUCCUAUGAACAUGGUUGCGGGAUGUGAAACCUUUCUAAUUAACUCUUGAGAUCGAUCGAGCAAAACGAAAGGAUUGUUUGUUAGAUGUUAAUGAACUCAAGGAGAUGGAAUUUAAGAGGCGAAUCCAUGUUAACUAAUCACGAUUUGGCGUUGAAGACUUGUUUUUUUCUUUGCGAUAUAAAAAUCAUCUACGGGAAACAUUCCUGAACAAUUCAAUUUCUUCAUGAUGCAUGACAUGACCGUCUGUUUGGUUCUUUUAAAUUGUUUUGAUGAGAUUAACCAAACCUCUUAUGUCCUUACGUCAGUGUUUGUGCGAAAGUAUCCCUCGGCUACAUGUGCUAGAUAGCUGAAUUUUUGCUUCAAAGGAUUUGAAGACUUUAGUUUUUGUGGCCCUCAAUCCGUGUAUAAAUUUUGUAUCGGAUGUUUUGUAUUUCGUGAAAGGGGCAUACUGAUUAUAACCAAAACAUUCUUACCAUAUGCCUGAAAUCUCUUCAAGAAAUUUAGGGAACAAUUCUGUUGUGGUAAACAAGGUCAAAAGGUUAAACAAAAUAUUACUGAUUGUCUACAAUACCCAAUAAGCUUGAAUUUGUAUGAGGUAUUUGUAACUGAAGAGGCUCUGGAGAGAUUAUGUUAAGGACUUUUACAAUUAACCCCAAGAUAUGUUAUGAAUAUUAAGUUGCUUUGUCUUACCACGUGAAAUACACCCUGCCCAGUUUAGGUUAUUUGCAGCUUAGAUGAAGGGCACUGUAUCAAUUUAUUGGAAACUUCCAUAAAUAAAUCAGUUAUGAAAGCAUAUCCAGUUCAGAUCACAUCACUGUCUAAGUAGCACUUGAAAUGCUUUUCUUUUUAUUACCUUCAGAUAUUUUUGUUGGCCUCAAUCACUGUAUUUGUUACCUAUUUUAUCAUCAAUUUUUAUGUAUACCUCUUUUAUACCAUUAAUUUAGAUAUUAAUUAUGAUUUGUUUACGGUAUUUUCCUAAAAUGUUUAUUUUCAGGAGAAAGAGAGAGAAGUUUCUGAGCUCAUUCAGAUCAUCAAGUCACUACAUGUAGCCUCAGCAGAAGAUCAAGCUUCCAGACCCUAUGGAAGGAUGGCAGAUUCUUUAGAAGAGGCCUGGAAUGACCUCAAUGUUCAAUUAGAGGGAAGGAGAAUACUUCUUGACACAUCAGUGGCUUUUCAUCACAGUGUAGAGAAGGUAUGAUGUAAAUAGAUGUGGAUGACCUCCAACACAGCUGUAUUGAGUUUGGGUGUGUGAAUUGACUUGUCAUGAUUCUGAAACCUUCAUUGAUACUUGUCAUAUGUUACUCUUACUGUGUUAAUAUUUCCACAGGAAUUGAAGUUUUUUAUUUUUUUUCACAAAUAUUUGGUUUAUGAUCUUACAACGCUGAACUCCAUGUUGUCGCAAUUUAGUAAUACUGCUCUGCAAAGAGAUACUCCUUUCACAUUAACUGAAAAAACCUUCAGUUCAUAUCACAUUUGACUUUUUCCAUCAACAAAGCAAUAGGAAAAAUUGUUACAUUUUGGAUUCCUCUAUAUCAGUAGGUAAAAAGCCUUAGAAAGGCCAUCAUUUUAGUUUUAACUCCAUCUUUUCACCCCUGACUUAUAUUCUGUAUUUUGAGUGACAUACUGCAAAUGGAGGGGGGUGAAAGGUCACCGGUCAUAUGAAGUGAUAAAUCUUUUGUAACUCUUACUGGAGAAGGCUUCUGUGCUCCAAAAGAGCAUGUGCAUCUGCCCUGAACUCUGCUGAGUGUUAUUAGGAAUUUUUGUAACUGUCAAGAUUGUUUGUAAGUUGACCUUCACUGUUUCAUUAAUUGCUUUUAGAAUCAUAUUUGGCUGAUUAGGAUAUCGGUAAUUUAAUGGAAAAGAUCAAAUUAAAUGUUUUCAUUUUUAAUGACAUUAAUGGCAGGCUUUGUGCAGAAUACUGAGUACUAUGAGAAGUUAGUUGAACUCAGCUUACAAUUAUUCCAAUUUUUUUCUUAUAGCAAAGCAUUUAAUAUGCUCAAUUUUCCUUAGUUUAUUGAUUCACAAUUUACCCUCUUAUUUUUCAAAAUUAUUCUUAUGAAAAGAAAUUGUUUGAGUUACUUAAUUAUUAGCAGAAUUUUAAUUGCUUGUGAGUCGUAUGUGUAUAUGUACUUACCUCUGACAGCUUUUUUAAGCCUCCAAUACAUAUUAGGUAUAUAUUAUGGUUCAUAUUGUAUUUGUCUGAUAAAACUUACAUUGCAUAUAGAAUGCAACAUUUACUUGAUAAAAAAAAUUUAAAAGGGUGACCCUGUAAGAAGAAAUCUUGCAUUGAAAAAUCUGUGGAAUGCAAGGUAACUGGUAUUUAAUGUUAAGAUUUAUGACGAUGAUACCUUUUAUGGGAUGAAAUCACCGCUUUUAAACUUGCAUGGUUAAGGGUUUUGAUCUAGUCGUUCCAUCUGUCUGUCCAUUUUACGAUAUAGUCCUUUGCACUUUUCUUGUUAUGGUGCCACAGAAUGUGAGUAACCAAUCUUUACAGAUGAUUUUUUGUGUAAUACCAAAUCUUGUCAUAUUCCAUGUCCUUCUGUUUUAUAGAUAUUAAAAGCUGAUCCUUCACAGCCUUUGUAUGUGUAGCUAAUUGGAAUUUAUCCAAGCAUCUAUGAUAUCUGAUUUGGGAAGUUGUUAAUUUAGGAAUGUACAUGUAUGUUUAGGUUUUAUAGAAUUAAGUUGGUAAGAAUUUUGAACUGCUAUUGAAUACAUGUAGCUUCAGUAGCUGUAGAUAAACUGAGCAUCUGUGUGGAUGCCUUUUAUCUCAGGGAGUAAUCUGGAUGCCUCGAUAAUGAAAACAUGUUAUCUACAUUUCAUUAGUGAUAGCCAUAAGGGGAUAUUCUAGGUUUAUAUGAUCCCCUGCAAUCUGACUUGUUAAAGUUUUGUUGAUAAUGGCCAGUUGAGCAUGAUGUUAACUUGUCUUUAUGUUUUAAAAGCUGUGAUGUAACCAAAGCUAGCUUAAUGAAGUUAAUAGUUAUGAGAGAAAUGUUAUAAACAGUCAACAUUUUGAUGGAUUGCAUUAAUCAAUUUUCUUCAUUGACAAUGUUCAAAAUUAAGAGGAAUUUUAAUAGCAUUAUACUGAGCUAAAAAUAUCCUCAGGUUUGAUUAAUUGAGAUAUAAAUGUUUCUAAUUGGAAAAUCUUCAAGGGAGAAAUUAAUGAACAAAACAUCCUGUCUGAACUGAGAGACAAAUGGUUUUAUCUUGAAUAGAAAAUAGUGCUGGUCACCAUCUAAACUGAUAUUUUCCUACUCUUGAGAUAUCACUUAGUUAUUGGCAGUUUCUUUGCUGCAUUUACAGUUUGAUUCUUUGGAGGCUUUCAGUUUCUUCCUUUUCUUAAUGAUUUCAUAAGUGUAAGGUAGCAUUAUGAAUUUUUCAUCUCAUACUUACUUUGGAUGAGACAUCUUCCUUAGCAUCUGAGAUAGGAUGAAGCUUAAGCUGGCCACAAGGGGCUGUGAUUGGCUAGUAAAGGCACACCCUUACAUAAUCUUGAGCAUCUCCCUAGAUCUGUCCAUGAAGUGCACAAACAUUUUGUUUUUUAGAAUCAAACUCCUAAACUUGAAUUUGAUAGAUUUGCUUUCUUUAUCAUUGCUCAAAUCAGUUAGAUCUAGUAUUAGUGUGACCAUCAUUUUAUAUAAUUCCUUAGUAAAUAAAAUGUGGAAGGUUUGUACCGUUUAAUGACUUUUUCAUUAAUCAUUAUUUUACUAUGACCUCAGUACUGUACAAUUAAUAAUGUUUUUUGUUGUUGUUUUUAAUUGACAGUUUUCUGACAAAAUCAAUGCCUCAGAAGAUGAGAUCAGCCGAGUCCUUUUAGUGGAAGAUGUGACAUCAUCAUCAUCAUUACUUCAUCAACAUCAAGAACUAAGAAAAAGUGUAUUGGAAUUAUCCAUGCAGACUUUAUCCAAAGGACAAGCUCUCUUGGACAAAUUACGAGAGGCCAGUUCACAUGCUGACAUUAACAAUCGUCAUGCCACAAAAGCAGCAUGUUACAGUGUGGAGCGUAUUCUAGAAGCACUACAGCACAGGCGACAGCAGCUUGAUGAACAGUGGAAAGAGAGAAAAAAAGUUUUGGAGCAGUGUAUGAAAAGAUGCAAGAUUGAUGAAGAAAUAAGAAAGGUAUCAGAAGGAUGUGGACCAUUAAAAGUGACUGAUCCAAAAUUGUUGAGAUAUUAAAUUGUUCCUAAUUCUAGUUUAUUGACAUUGAAGCUGAAUGGUUUGUGGUUUGGACCCUUGAUCCUGAGUCUCUGGAUCAUUUUCUCACUGGGUCAUUUGUGUUGCUGAACAUGACACCUUUUUAAUACUGAUAUGCUUAUAUUAGGUAAAGUAACAUAUAACUCUAACAGCAUUUUUAAACAUGGCAAAAGAAGGUGAUAUUUGUGAUCAUUAAGUGUAACUUUUGUUACAACUCAAUCUAACAGAUCACAAAAUGGCUUAAUGAAGAAGGAGAGGAUUAUAUCAGCUAUCAAGAUUAUGGAGACUCAUCACCUUCAACUCAAGUUCUUCUUGAUGAACACUAUAAAUUUGAGGAAGUGGCAAAGGUACAUUUGAGAAUUGUUGUUGAUUCCUUGGCAAACUUGUCCUUGGCUUUUCAUAACUAGUGAGUGCAGGAAUUGAGUGCGUAUUCCAGGGUGCUGCCUGUUGGUCACAACUUGCUGGCCCCACUAUACACUUCAUUCUUAUAUAUACUAUUUGAUCAGUUCUUGGAGUUAUUGCUUGUUUAAGUGAAGGGUUAGUGAGUUAUAAUUUCAAAGAAUUAACAAUCAGAUAAUGUGUUGUUACAUGCUAAAGAUGAGCAGUUGAGCAUCUGAUGACAACUUUAUAAGAUUUUGUAAAUGAUAGAAUUGAAAAAAAUGUGAUGGAAAAGUUUCUUUUUUGUUGGCAGGAAAAAGAAGAGGCUUGCCAGAGGCUUGCUCGAGAAACAGAAAAGCUUGUGCAUGGAAAUUUCAGAGAUGUACAGGAAACACAGCAAAAAAUUACCCUGCUUCUAACAAACUUGCAGUUAUUCAAAGAACGUUUGGAAGACAAAAGGAAACUACUGACAGAUACACUAUCUUUUUACAAGAAAAACAUCAGAGUAAAUGAUAGUAUUAGUUAUGUUUGAUUUUUUUUAAAACUAUAGACAUAUUAGUCAAAGCUGUCUUUAGCAGUAGUUUUAAAUUUUAAUGGCAAAACUUUCCUUUCUAUUCUUGUCUCUUUAAGGCACAUGAUAAGCUUGAUGAAAUAAGAGACAAAAUUACAGAAGAGAAGCUAACCAUUGAAGAUCAAAAGGAGCUGUAUGGAGCAAUCAAUGCAGCAUCUGCAGCUCAACUGCGAGAUGGAAAGAUACUGCAAGAGAAGAUGGCAGAUGGGAAACACCAACCUGUCAUAGUGAGAAUGUAUGAAGAACUGCAAGAGCGGAGCACAGCUAUGCUUGUUGACGUUGAACCUGAUCCUGCGGACAAGGAAUUUGAAGAUGUAAGAUUCUGAUCUUUAUCCAGUUUUGUGAAACCUGCAUAAAACAGACAGUCAGGUUGUGUUUUGUAUCAGAAGAAGGUGAUAUCACAAGAAAAGAAGGAGAGGACUCAGUAAACACAUAUCUAUACCAGAAGUGAAGGGGAAUGCAAGUAAUUAAUUAAUGACUGAUCAUUAGUUUUGUGUAUGAUUGGUUGAGAUGGUGGGGGUCUUAUUUAUUUAAUGUAUUGGAGAGGGUUAGGGUUAGAGUGGACGUAUCACUGAUCAAUAAUAUGCCAAUAUUUACCAUGUACUGUUUUAUUUCUACUUAGCUCUGUGGUUGGAUUAGGAAUGUUGGUGAAGACUUUCUUGAUAACAACAUUGCAAUGGGUGAUUCUGUCAAAACAUCACAGGAAUUUCUGUAUUCACAUCAAGAAAUGGAUUCUGAGAGACAGGUCAGAAACAGUAGCUGGGUAAAUUACUUGCUUACUACUUAUACCUGUAUUACCAGAUCCAACAAAACCUCUGGUAAUAGCACACCUGUGUUCAGCAAGGUUUUGCAGCAGCUUAUGACCAGGUUCUAGUUUAGAGUUUGGCUACUGAUAAGAUCUUCACUCAAGCCAUUAAAUGCACUAGUUAAGCAACCAUCUCAUUAUUCUUUAGACUGUAAAUGUUUUUUGAGCUGAUUAAUCAGAAAGCAUUUUCUAGGUUAUUUUUAUUAUUUUACCUGUAACAUGAUAAGCUUUUCAUUAAUUUUAAAACUUAUGUGAUAAUUUUACCAUUGGGGUUCUCAUCACAAAGGGAUUUCAGAAGAAGGAACAAAUCCGAGAGUAAAGAAAGAUGGUAUUUGUUUUGCCACAAAAGCUGAGCAAGAAAGGCACAAAGUAGUUGCAACAAUUAGUUACAGAAUUUCUACCUGACAAAAAUUUUGUGGUAUUCACCAAAUAUUUAUUUCUUUGCAGGUUUUUGCAGAUCGAAUGGCCAAAGCUAUUGAUGCAUCUAAUAUGCAACUGAAAAAAGAUAGUGCUAAAGUGAAAGAUAUUCAGGAUCUGUGGAUGAGGUUUUCAGCUCGACUUGAAUACCGGCUUAAGUUGGGGAAAAUGUACUUUGAUUUCCAUCGCCACAGACAACUGGUUGGUGCAUUAUAUAGCAAUUGAUUGUAGAGCAGAUAAAAAGGUUCAAUGCAAGUUUUAAGUUGCCUGAUCAAUUAUUUGCUUUCCUGAUAGCUGUUUGGGAAAUUGGAUGAGCUCUUCAAUCAGCUGACAAGUGAUGAGCCUAAGGAGAAUGUUGAUGCAUCACCCACAUUACUUGCACGACAAGAACAACUCCAGGAUGCCAUUCUUUCAGCAUCUGGACAAAUGCAGAGGGAGUCACAGGCACUUCUUGAUGAGUUGCGAAAAGUAAGUAGCUCCCAACACUAAAAGAGCUUUUGGCCAUGGUUUAAAGAGGAAAGCAUGUAUUGUUUUAUCUUUCUGUAGGAACCAAGAGAGGAGUGUUUGGACAGAGGGGCAGCUGCUGAUUGCAUACAGAAGUUUCUGGCAACUCUAGAGGCGAGGGUUCAUAAGCUUGGCCAGCUUUGGAACCUAAGAGAAGAACAGCUAAACAAGAACAGGCAGCUGAGUGCUGAGUUUGUGCAGUUUGAAAAAGACACGAGGGAGGUAAGAAGUCUUGUUGUUUGUAUUGCUUUAUUUGAACACACUAUUCAUGCCAAGGAAGGCUUACAUAACUCACAGUGAUUUAAGUGUUAAGUGUAAACUUUGUAGUUAUUAAGUUGUAACAGGAACCUGUCCUAAUCUGAGAGUUAUUUCCAUCUUCAAAUUGAGUGAAACUGAGCUUAUUUGAUAUGCCCUUAGUACAGGCCAAAGUGAUUUCUAAAGGACUAAAGAAAGCCUUCAAGUUUUAUUUUGCAAUGGUGUCAACCAUUGUAAAAAUACACAAUUGAUUGAUUUGAUGCUUUAAUCCAACAAAUCUACAUUUUUUCCCAUUUUGGAAUAUUGAUUGCUGUAAUGGUUUAAUCUUCAGAGGCAUUAAAAUCAAUAAACUACCUGAGAUGUCAUGUUCUAGGCCUUUUUUUUCUAAACAGUGUUCUAUUGUCAUCAUUUUAGGUCAUACUAUGGAUCAAAGAACAGAGUGAUACAUUUUUCCCUGUCAAAGUAGACUACAGCUCCCUUCCCAUUGACCCAAGAGAGUUAGAAGACAAGCUGCAAAGGUUCAAAGAUGCUGCAAGGGUAAGAAAUAGAGAGCAGUUUAAGUCAUUCUUUUCAAAUUUAAAACCUGGGCUCUACUUGGGGGAAUUGGUUGAAAGUAUAGGGAGUUGAAGGGCUUUGCUCUGUGAGCUUCGUUUUUAAUAUGUGGACACCAUUUUUUUCUAAACCUCACAUGCACCUUUCAUCAAUUUGUGUGAAACUGGUUAAAACUGGUCUGAGAAAAGCAGUAUAAGUUAGUCUGUAAAUGUUCAUGUAAAAUGUACAUAGUACGGGGUAAAGACCACCUAUUGAAAUUUGUUCUUCUUCACAUGUAGUUCUAAGUAUUAUAUUAUUAUUAUUUGUUAUAGUAUUAUACUGUUGUUCUUGGUUCCUCCCUCAGCGUACUGAUGAAGAUGUCCAAGCUCAUCUGCGUGCCGCAGAGGAGCUGUCAGAGGCAGAGGGUAGCUACAAAGCAGCCAUUAGAGUCAUUACAGAUGAACUUCAGAUUGCUUAUCAAAGGUUUAAGACCCUGCUAGCAGAUUAUGAGGUUUUGCUGUCAAUGUCAGCAACAUUUUACACUAGUGUUGAAAAAGUAAGUGUUGUAAUCUGUCCCUUUCAUUCCUAAUUUCUCAAUAGUUAUAAAUUUGGUCAUACAUUUUGUAGAGUUUUUGUACUGAGAAUUAGCAUUGGAUUAUGUAACAUCCUUGAAAUGGUCUUUUCUUUAUUCUCACUAUAUGUUUACUUGAUUAGUAUUGAUAUUAUAAGUAGAAAUUACUUGUUACUGUUGGAAAAAAAGACUAUCAAAUAAAUUUGCCAGGAAUUUUAAAAUGUAAUAAUUUUGCUUACAGCUUUCCUUAUUGCAUUAUUUUUGUUCUAUGUUUGCAUAACAGUAAAAGUGUCAUUAUCUUUAACAGAACUACUGACACUCUUCCAUUUCUUAAUGCAACCAUUAAAAAUACAGUCAGGAACAUUUCAUAGAUCUGCAAUGAUCAUUUCAAAGCUUGAACAUCCCCUCCUUGACAUUAGAACUUUUGAAGAUAAGUUUAUUCAAAUUCCUGCCCCCUUCCCCACAGUUAAAAUUGUGUUCAAAUGCCCUGCCUAAGUGCUGAAUUUGAUGGCAAAUUUUUUUGCAAGUGGCAAGAUCAGUGGCUGUGACUUUCUUGUGGACCUUUUCUUCAGAGCCAUCUGCUUAUGAAAUUUAACUCUUUACCUUUUAACACCACCACAUUAAAAGAUAAAAAACAUGUAUUCCACUGGAGAGAAUUUACAGUUCUGCUUUCAAUUCCCCACCCAGACAAGGUUCAAAUCAGGGCAUUAAUAGGUUGAAUGAACUCAUUUUGAGGUUUCUUGGUUGUGCUUUGUGCACUCUUGAUUCCUAGAGAAUUACAACAUCAGGAAAAUAACUUUUCUCCUGACUGGAUUUCAUUUCAGCUUCUCCAAAUGAUGGAUGAAAUGACAUAUGGCCUUCAAAGCCAACCCCUCCCCAGAGACAUCAACAAUGCCCAGCUCCUGCUACAAGACCAUCUUGCCAACUACCAGACAGUUCAAGACCUGUACAGCUUCACCACUGUUAGUGCACAGGAUGUCUUGAGCCGGGCUGCCACUUCAGCAGCUGUCUCUGUGUCUCGUGAUGAAAUCAAGGGCUUCCUUGAGAGAUCAGAAGGAAGACAUGAGGAAUGGAGGUCUCUUUGGGAGCACCAUAGGGACAAGUUGUUAGAAAGUGUGCGAUUGUGUGAAUUUGAGCAGGCUAUCAGUGCGGUAUGUUUGUAAACUCUAUUAGAAGUAUGUAAAGGCUGAAAUGUCUCAAUUACCUUUGGAAGUAAUUUCAGUUUUUACAAAGUGAAGUAGAUAACAGUAUGAGGUAUUUAGAAUAACCCUAAGACCUUUAGAUCUACAAACAUGACGCUAUCUUGCUCGUGACAAGACAAAAAUCAUCUUUCUCGAGCUUGAGGUAUUGUUUUUUUUUCCUUUUUCUUUAUUAGGGGAUAUUUCCUUCCUGACAUUUUAUUUCUGUCAACUCCCUUUGUGAAUGGAGCUCAUCUAAUUUGAAAUGCUUUGGUUUUGAUUUUAUGGGAAUAUUUAUUGGCCCUACUUCUUAAUGCUAUUUUAAUUAUGUUCUAAAAUGAAUAUUCAGUGUAACAGAUGAAGCUUUAUAAGUUUUAGUUUACAAUGUUUGAACUGGUUUCAGUCAUUUUCAUGUGUGUUGAGAUAGUUUUUACUCAACUUUCUAUCAAUAAUUAUUUUUAUCAGGUCAACUUGACCAUAGAGGAGCACACCAGAGAACUGCUUGCUUUGAACAGAAAGUUUGGAAUCACUUUACUUGAUGCUGUUACUCUGCUUCAAGAGUCAGAUUCAUUUCUGGAGUCUGUCAAGGUAGCUAUAAUAAUAAUAGUGAUAAUGAUGAAAAUGAAAAUGAUAAUAACUUGCUUUUCUUUCAAGUUGCUAUUAAGGGGAGAUUAAGAUUAAUUUUGAUAGGGCUUGUAAAUACCUUGGUGUUAAAACUGUCAGAGAGCUGAUCAUUUAUCUCCCCCAUCUGCUGGUCUGUUUUUUUUUUUAAUUUAUUUUUUAUUAAAUAUAGUGUUUUGUAGACUCAAUUUGAGGUACAUAAGUGCAUUUAAAAUAUUUUUUACAGCCAGCUGAUGUGGAAGUUGGUAGACUGGUAGAAGAAGCAGAGAAAUUGAAGCAAUUAAAUCAUCAUGAUGCACCUGCCAUUGUGCGACAAGUUUCUGCAAUGGAAGCCCGCUGGCAGAGAUUUUUGUCCAGGAUGGAAGACCAUAGGGCCAUGCUUGAAGCAUCAAUAGAGUUCCAUCAACUUUAUGAACAGGUUUGUUACUAGUAUACUCAUGUGUUUAUUAGUAACAGAAUUAGAUGAGAGGGUUGAUUUUGUUUGUGUUACACUAACCAUUUGCUGUUACAUACAGGCAAAUUUACCACCCCUUCUUUUACUUUUCUAUUACCCAUGUUCUUGGUUCUUUAACAGUUAUUUCUCCCAGUCAGAUUGAUUGUGGCCAUUUAUAGUAUGUGUUUUUCUUUUUAAUAGGCAACAGUUUGGAUCAGUGAUAGUGAGCACUUCUUGAAAACCACCCAAGAUGAAGCAAAAAGGUGCAAGACUGAGGAGGAAGUUAUAGACCUUCUGGACAUGUUGGAAGGAUUUGUUAAGCCUGGGCUUAAUAAGCAAGAGGCACGACUGAAGAAGUUGGCUGAACUCUCUGCGAAACUUACAAUGGAUGAGCCUCGCUACCAAGCAAAAGAUCUUAUGACCAAGCAGAAACACAUCACUACAAAGUUUGAUCUCAUGGAUAAUGACCUUUUUCGUUUAGCAGAGAGGCUCAGGGAGAGAAAGCAGCGAGGACUUCCUCCUAAGGUACAAAUCCAGCUGUUCAUUACUUCUUUAAGUACUACACAAGUUUCGUUAAAAAGUUAUGCUUAACAAUUUUUUAACCCAAGUACCAUUCAAUUUCACUUGUCAUGUAUUAUACAUGGAAUAUAUGAAUACGAAAUCUGUCAGUGAAAUCAUCACUUUAUCUUGAGAUGUGAUUCACAAUGUGUUAGUUGAAACCUGUAGUAUUAUCUGGAAAUUUAUACUUAUGUGAUGGCACGAUGUUUUACAACCAAUCAAGAAAUCCAGGUCCUAUAAGUGUGUGAUUUCUUCUGUAACUUUCAGGCAGAAGAGGUAACAACAGAGCGUGUGGAAGCUUACGAGAAAGAAUUGCUGGAGACCACUCCUGACACGUCGGGGUAUGAAAAGCCAAUACGUGUAAAUGUGUUGUCAUCAUUUGUUGAUGGAGUCUUGGGUAGUAAAAGACCUGGGGACCGGGAAGUAUUUGAAGAGGCUGGACCAGCCAAGCGUCCACAGGUUUCAGUGCGAGUGAGAUCAGACAAACCAGUUAGUACAGAAACAGAGCAAAAGAUCGAGCCUAUCAUCAAGUCAGAGAUCCAGGGUUGGUUUGAAGGUGGAAAAGCUCUGAAGCCAGUUGAAAUCCCAGAACAUGAGAUACUGGUUCAUAUCAGUGAAGAUACUAAGCGAGAACCUAAUCAGAUGGGUUUAGCUCCAUGGGGUGUAGAAGUGGUAAAGAAAGAUGUUACAGUGACUUCCUUAGGGCCUUAUGUCAGCACAGACAUUGAAGUUGAAACGGCCCUCCACACUCAAACAUUUCCACCAUCUUCAGCAGACCAAGCUCAGCUAACUAGAAAACGUGUAUGGAAAACGACCACAAGGGAGACCACUACAAGUAUCAAGCAAGAAACAAGAACUGAAGUAGAGAUGUUGGUGCCAGAAAAACCAGAAAUGAUGUCAAAUCUCUAUGUAUUUGGUGCUUUGCCUAGUUCUGAGAAUCUGAGUGUUGAAGUGCGGUCUAAGAAAACUGUUGAAAGUACACCAGACACCUCAGAAAAUACCAGCCCAGAGGAAAUAAACAGGGUGGAAGGAGGCAUGAAAAGAGCUAACGAGAACAUCUGUCGGAAAAUUGAAGACUCUGUAGCAAAUACCCACAAACCGUAAGUCCUCAAAAGGUUACAGUUUGUGAGAGAUACACAGUUAACUGUUGUACUGUUUGUCAAUCAUAGAUACAUUGUGUACGUGCAAUAACUGUUCUUUUUCCCACAGAUUGCAGCAUACUAAACAUGCUGAGCUGCUCAUACCCCAACAUGCUGGUUCAGUUCUGAUCUUCACACCACCAGAUACCCCACGAAGGGGGUCAGCUCCUUAUGUUGAUUCUAGCAAGCUACCAAAUGGCCACUCAGCUGAUGAAGGUCAACCGAGGUUUGAGUCUGAAGUGCAUCUCAUGACAACACCUAAUGACUUCAACUUUGAUGCUGUGGAGUUAACUCUUCCAUAUCCCUUUAUGAAUGGGGAAGCCCCUGCCUCAGACAAAGGAGCUAAACUGCGUAGAAUGAAUGCCAUCACUGAUAGGUUAAUUGAAAGUGAGAGCAAUUAUGUGGAUGACUUGAAGUCACUUGCAGAGGUAAUGUUUUUAUUUUUGAAAUUAGUUUCAAAAAAGGUAGAUAGUUAAGAUUUCUUGACUCUGCAUUUUUUAGUUGUGAGAGUAAAGUUCCUUGAUUUAUUUUUCAGGAUUACAUCUAUCAGCUUCCCAACGCGCCAUCUCAAUUGGCGGACAAUAAAGACACCAUCUUUAUCAAUUCAGAAGAUAUAUUCUUCUUCCACAAAGUGUAUGUUGUUAAUGUGAUUGUCGCUAUGUAGCUUGGCAUGUCUCAGUGUUUAGGAUAGGUAGCUGCUUUUGCUAUAUGGAAAGUGAAAAAACCACAUUUCAGGGCGUGAAAUUAAUUUUUUUUUUCUGAUAGCCACUUGGCUCCUAAAUUCAUCAAAGUGGUAGACAAUUCAAAAAAAGUUGGUCGCCAUUUUGAAAGACAAACAAAACCUUUUUUUUACGCUGUCAUCGUUCUAGAAUUUAAGUUAGGGAAAAGAUCUUUAACGUGCUACAAAGGGGACACUAGGAUGGAUGAUAUACAAUGUUUAAGCUCACCUAAAUCCAAGAUGGCGUCUAGCUAUCGAUCGAGAUGCAUCUGCUGCGUUUUGGAAACAAACUUAACGAGGAAGUUUGCCGUGGAUUUGUCUUGGCAAAUCUUUUUAAUUCACUAUAUCUCUAGGUAAGGUUAUGAUGAAACAUUCUAGUCGCCAAUUUGGCGACUAAUUUUCAGAAUAUGGUCGCCAAAGUGAAAAAUGUAGUCGCAUUGGCGCCUGUAUUAGGCGCAAUUUCACGCCCUGCAUUUAGUUUUUCUUGCUCGCGUUUCCUUCACCAAGCAAAUGCCCUCGAAUUAGACAGAUGUUGUGAGGCCUGACUUUGCGAAUAUCUAGGUAAAACUGAAAAUUUAAGUUUGACUUUAAUUUCAAUUUUGUUAGGAUCUUUUGUGACGAGUUGGCAAAGUGCAAAGGAAAUCCAUCAGAGGUUGGAAAAGUGUUCAAGAAAAGGGUAAGAGCCGGCUAUGCCAUCCCUUCCUAUUUUCUGAUAAUUAUCCUGUGGAAAAUCCGUAAUAAUGCUGCCAUUUUAGUAUGGCUAAGGACCUUUACUUUUUUUUCUACCCAGGAACAUGAACUUGACAGAUACAUAACCUUUUGUGAUGGAAAGAGUGAAUCAGAAAGCUUUUUGGAAUCACAUCCAAAGGAUUUCUUCAAGGUAGCUACAUUGUAAUCUUAUGCAACUGGUGUGUUUUCGCCAUUUUGUCUCAUUGACGUUUUCUAAAUUUUAUUUUACUUUAAAUUUUACAGAAAUGUGAAAAUGAAGCGCCUUCUCGUCCCAUAAAAGAACUCUUGGAUCGGCCAGUUGAACGUGUUUUAGAAUAUAAAGCCUUUCUUGGUGAUCUGCUGGAGUGUGGGGAAAAGGCUGAUGUGGAUACAGCUGACAUUGAGGUAUGACACAUUGUUUUAAUUGUAUUUUUAAUAAUUUUUUGUACCACUUCCUCUUCAUUUGUAAAUUUACAUAUAUAUUUGAAAGCUAAAUAUAGUCCUUGUGGUCGUUCACCCAAAUUGUAUCUGUUCAGGCUGGCAAAGAAGUAAUUGAUCGCCUUUGUGCAGAAAUUCGUCAGAAGACCAAGUAAGUGUUUCAUAUUUUGGUCAAUAUUAGACAGGGUGUUUACCUAAGAGCCCCCUUAUCAGUGCUGGUUUCUGAAGCUUCUACUUCAGAGCCUCCUUUUUGGUGUGGGUCUCUUUUUGGACCAUCAGCGUGAGCACAGGAUCGAAUAGAGUAGCAUUAUUUAAAAAAAUGAAUUUGUUAAUUCUAGGUUUGAGAUCCUUUUGGCUUCUACUCCCAAAGAAGUUGAGUUCUGUAUAGCAUUAGAAGACUACAGAGAUGACCACAACAACAUUUGCCUCAGGAAAGGAGAGACUGUGGUUGUUUUGGAUCGAGUGUCACACCCUGGAAUGUACAAAGUAGUCAAACUUCUCGCAGAUGGUUCCCAAGGCGAUGAAAUUUUGGUUCCAGCAACAGUUCUUCAGCGUAAGAAGUCCACAGCAGAAAUCAUAAUGCCUGCAGGUAAUUCCAUGCAAGUUUAUGCCAGUGUGAAUGACUGGUGCAACCUGCUCAAGGAAGAACCCUAUCAGCUUAACCUCUCGUCGGCACUAGCUGGAAAUGAUGAUUCAGUUGAGAGCAACUCAGUGCCAUAUCUUUAUGGUGUCUGCCAUUUUUCGGAGGCGAGGAUGUAGGUUUAAUUCACAUUUCUCUCUCUCUUUUCACAGAAUACACCAUGAAUCUCAGGUCUAAGCCCGGAUCCAAACUGCCAGAGGAGGUAGGAACGCACAUAAAUCGCAUAUCCGUAUUGACACAAGCCACGGCCUCCAUUAGAUUUAUCCGUUUUUGAUAGGAACCAUAUUUUUUUAAAUCGUAGACGGCAAUUGGAACACAUAUUAUGUAAAACAGAAAAUUUCUUUGUCUCCCACUGUUUUCGUAAUUGUGAGAAUUGUGAUAUACACAACGAGGAUGGUGAAGAUUAUUUAUUUAUUAUUGAUUUUAUUAUUUUUCCCUCAUACCCUUAAGUAAAUGCCACAUUAUUCCGGUUGAAUGCGGCGUUUUUCUGAGGGAGGUGACUAAAUAUGGUAGUUUUGGUUGGUGGUGACAUGGCCUUAUUUAACUCCUAAUAUGCACUGCUUUCUUUCCUGAUCGCUGAAAAGGUUUCGGAAAUUUUUGUCCUUGCUACGGAAAGAGAAGUUGUAGAAGUGGCACCAGUAGAGGUCGCAUCAGGUCUGUUGGUAACUCAACUCAUAAAUACACACGCAAAUGCACUCAUAAUACUCCUGAAUAUUUAGUGAAAUGUGAAUAGAAAUAGUAAUGAGCUAUCUGAAGAGAACGUAAAGAAAUACGAAUUGUGUGUUGUUUAGUAAUCAUGUCCAUUUGCAGUUCAAAAAAGGUCUAUCUGGCUGUUUAAAAAUGACAUAAGAAUUAACUGGUUUCCAAGCACGUGGAAAAUGCAUUGUGAAAAAAUGUACAUUUAGAUUUAUUCAGCUCAUAAUUUAGGCUUACUAUCUAUGAUUUCCCUUUCACCUUUCUUAGCCAAAAUUCCAACUAUGCCAAAUCCAACGGUCUACCCCCUUACUAGAGUUGUUUCAUGUUUUGUCUAAAGCUUAUACUUGCAUAUGCUCCUCAUAAUCACAGCUCCAGUUGCUCCAGUAUUCACUAUGCCAUUAGAAAAUCUUAAGGCAGCUGAGGGCCAACCAACACACCUGGAGGUUCGUGUGAGUGGUACCCCAGAGCCUCGAGUAGUAUGGCUUAAGAACGACCUUCCCAUCAGAACUGGAGAGCGCAUUCAUACUGAGAAGGAUGGCAAUUUGUACAGUUUGAAGAUUUCAGAAGUUGAUAUUGAGGAUGGGGGAGUAUAUACAUGCCGUGCUAAAAACGUAGCUGGAUCAGCAACUUCCAUGGCAGACCUGAAUGUUGAAUGUAAGAAGAUAAAAACACAGAGCCAUGUUACUGCACGGCCAGUCAAGCGUAAGGCCUUAAUGACUAAUUACUAAUGCCUAGUUUCUAAAAUAUUUAUGAUAAAAUAUAUUAAAGUUCACACGGCAACCAGAUGGACAGUCAGACAUAGUUUGAUGCUACUCUGGUUUGCAGAUUUAAUGAAUGUAACUGAAGAAGUUACAUUUAUGGUCUAUGAAUUUAUGGGUCUAUGAAUUGUAACUUCUUCGGUUACAUUCAUUAAAUCUGCAAACCAGAGUAGCAUCAAACUAUGUCUGAUAUUUAUGAUAUUUACUAAUUCUGGCGUGACGCGUCCAUAGGAGUUAACGGCUUAGUUUGAUUUUAACACAAGCUGAUAAAGAAUUUGUAUUGUGUUGAAAUAUAACGUAAUGGGAGUCUUGGUUGUGUCAUGUGAUUGUUGUGGUGGGUUUUUUCAACAUUUAUAAAAUUAAAAACUAACACACACAAAAAACGAUUUUUACAGCUGGUGAAUCAGAGGGGGAACUUGACGUGGAUGAUGAAACUGACAGCUCUGUUUUAGCAAUGUAAGGGUAUUGAUAUAAAUUUCUGUACAAAAUUAUUCUUAAUCCAGUUGCAGUAAUGUACACGAGUAAGCAGUGGUAGUCGGUAAUUUUCUCUUCACCUGGAUCUAUUCAUUUCGCAAAAGUGCAAACCAUUCAAGAAUUGUCGUUAUAUUAUUAUUAUUAUUAUUAUUAUUAUACAGGAGCUAAACUACAUCCAACUUUCGAUACUGUGCAAUAAGGAAAAUCAUACCGCAGUUUUAGUUGAUGUACUUCUCAACAACUGAGUUUGCAGAUUAUCUUUUAAACGUAAAAGAAUCUCUGUCGUUUACUGUAAUACACUUAUAGUACUUUAAUACUUGAGAUGAGUGUUUGAAAUAUUCAGGCCAAUCAAGACAGUGAAGCUAAGAAUAUGAUUAGAUAGUGGAAGUGUAGAAUUUAUUACAGAGAAUAUCAGAGAAUUCAAUAAAGGUCAGUAUGACAUUGAAGAUUUUUUUUAUUAUAAUGGUUGGGACACUAUUUUACAAGUUAUUUAAAGACAAUCUGAGAAUCCGUUUCUUUACUCUCGUACAGAAAUCUAAAUCAGCUACCCCAGUCAGUGACGUUAACUGUUGAUGGGCAAGAUAGAACUGGGUUUGCACCCAUCGAAGUUCAACUUCCUACACCCGGUGAUAUAAGUGCUUCUGAAAUCCAUUUGAUGACAGAGAGUAGGCCAACAUCUCGUCGAAGGUCUAUUCCCCCCGAAUUCACCACAGAACUUACAGACAAAACAAUUGAAGAAGGAGAUUCAGUAGAAAUGCAGAUCUUUGUUACUGGCACACCUCCACCUGAAGUGAUUUGGUAUAAAGAUGAUCAACCAAUCACAAUUUACCCUCACAGGCGCUUCCAUGCAACCAGAGAAAAUGACAUCUGUAGCCUAGAGAUCAAGGAUGCGAGAUGCAGUGAUCAAGGAAACUAUAUAUGCCGAGCGAAGAACACUGCCGGUGAAGUCAGAAAAUCCUGUAAACUAACCGUAAAGCAAGUCACUCCAACAAGCCCUCCUUCCUUUGUUAAACAUUUAAAGGAUGUGCAUAUUGUGGAAGGCUCUUGCACUCGUUUCGAUGUGAAAGUCACAGGAAUGCCAGAACCUGAGGUAGCUUGGUUUAAAGACGGAGUGCCAGUUAAACAAGACAAGCAUUUGGAAAUUGUUCACGAUGAAGACACGUCUGCUUUGAUUCUUAUGUAUGGCACACUAGAAGAUGCAGGUGACUAUACUUGUAAAGCCAGUAGUGAGGCUGGGGCUGCUGAAUCAUGCGCGCAUCUGUACAUAUCACCUUUACAAAUACCUGCCAAAUUUACGUCACAGUUAGAAAGUGUUGUGGUGUCUGAGGGAGACCCAGUCAAGCUCAAGUGCUCAGUGCUUGGAAAACCAGAUCCCAAUAUAAUUUGGUUUAAGGACCAACAGCAAGUUAACGAAAGUAGCAGGACAAAAAUGAAAGUGUUAUCUGACAACACAUGCUUAUUACACAUUCUCAAGACGGACAUGGAUGAUGAGGGGAUUUACACAUGCGCUGCAACAAAUUCUGCUGGAGAGGAUACUACCUCUACCACAGUGACAAUAAAUGGUAAAGGGAAAGCUCCGGAGUUUACCAAAGCUUUGCAAAAUACUGAGGUUUCAGACGGCAGUCCACUUUGUUUAGAAGUAAGAGUUAAUGGAAAACCAACACCAUUUGUAGAAUGGCUGAAGGGCACAAAGCUGUUAAAAUCUGGGCCACGCUUUGAUAUCCAAACAAGAGGAAAUACACAUACAUUUCUAAUUACGAAUUGUAGAGAUGACGAUGGUGGUACGUAUGUGUGCAAGGCAAGGAACAAGUUCGGUACAGCCUCUUGCGAAGUAGUGCUAGUGGUUGCAGAGGAUACUGUACCACCAAGAUUUACAAAGAAACUCUACGACUCUACAGCUGAUUCUGGUAACACCGUUGAAUUUUCUGUCAAGUACAUUGGUAGUCCAGAGCCAAAAGUCAAAUGGUAUUUGGAUGAUGAGGAAGUUUCUGAAGACGACGAAGGUAUGGACAUUGACACAGAACCUGGUUCAUCUUUGCUAGUACUAGAAGACAUAGCACCGAAUGACUCUGGGCAGUACAAAUGCAUUAUAUCUAAUGUAGCAGGCAAAGCAGUCACAAGUGCACAGCUCAAAGUGAGUGAUGAAGGUAAAGAAACAUUCCCAACCAGUAUUCAGCGGGUUGUCGAGGCUGUUCCUCCCCCAGUGGAAAAAAGGCUUAGUGGUAAAGCACCUAUGUUCAUUAAGGAACUUUCAACUCUCCGUGUUACUGAGGGAGAUGCAGUCCGGUUGGAAGUAAUAGUUGAUGGCUCACCCAGACCGGUUGUGCAGUGGUUUGUUGAAAAUGACCAUGUGGUAGAAGACGAGCAUACACAUACAGUCCAAGAGGGAAAUAAGUAUGCUUUGAUUAUUGACGGAACAGUAUUGGACGACGAGGCUGAGUACAAGUGUGUUGCCAAGAAUUCUCUCGGGUUAAUAGAAUGUACAGCUGAACUCUUGGUGGAUGAGAUAGCUAUCAAACCUGAAUUUCUAAAAGAACUGAGGCCAGUUGAAGUUUUGGAGGAUUGUAAUGCACAGUUUGAAGUGGAGAUUCAAGGAAAUCCUGAACCAGACGUUGCAUGGUUUAGAAACAAUGUUCUUAUUGAACCCAGUGAAAAAUACAAACCAAGCUGGACUGAAAACGUCCACAAAUUGGUUAUUCAUAAAACUGUUCUCGGUGAUUCAGGGGAAUUCGCGUGCCAGGCAAGGAAUGAUAUUGGUUUGGUUUGGAGUGUUGCACCCCUCACUGUUAAACCAGGAAGAACUUACGGGAAACCUCCAUCCUUCUUGGAAAAACCUCAAAGUACACAUGUAAUGUUAGGGGAUGUUGUUUCCUUCGAGGUGAAAGUUGAAGGUACGCCAAUGCCUACUGUUAAAUGGUUCAAUGAAGAGGGUGAAGAAAUUCCAAAAACUGGUCGUAUUUUUUCCUUGCCUAGUGGUAAAUUAGCAUUCAGUUCUGCGACUCUAGAUGACGAAGGAAUCUAUAAAUGUGUUGCUGUCAAUGAGAGUGGAGAAGCGUCAUGUCAAGUGGAGCUUUUAGUUAAUCAAGGAAAUGCUUGCCAAGAAACUGAAGAUAUUUCUCCGUCACAUAAUGUUGUUGUGGAACGUGAAGUAUCCCUUGAAGGUGUGCUCAGCGUUCUAAAGGAGGCAGAAACGCCGCUACCACCACAAAUCGUGAAGAGGUUAAAGGAUCUUAGUGUAACAGAGGGUGACACAGCACGUUUUGAAGUGCACAUUACUGGAGACCCUACACCUGAUGUAGAGUGGUCCAGCAGUGGUGAGAAGAUAGAAGGAAACGAGGAGACCCUUGUGGAAUGUGAUGGUGAUAUUUACAAACUUAUUCUGAUGGAUGUUCUUCCAGACGAUGAUGGAGAGUACACAGUCACAGCUACAAACAAGAUUGGAAAGGUGUCAUGUACCGGGAAACUCUCUGUCGCAGAGAAGAUUAAGAAGCCUUCUUUCUUGGAUGAACUGAGGAAUGUUGACGUAACAGAAAAUACUGAUGUACGCCUGGAAGUACGAGUACAAGGCACAGAACCUGAUAUUGAUUGGUACAAGGAUGGCGUUUUGAUCGAAGAAGUUACGUCCAGAACUGAAUUUGUUGAGAACGAAGAGAGAGGAAGUUAUGCUUAUCUCAUUUACGGUGCCACAUCAGAGGAUCAGGGCACCUAUCGUUGCACGGCGAUAAAUGAGGCCGGCCAUGUGUCGUGCGAAGGACAACUGACGGUGAGAGAAAACGUCACUCCUCCCAGGUUUCUCCAACGCCUCGAAGACAACUCAGUUGUGGAGGGAGGUGCUGUUGACUUGGAGGUAGAGGUCAGUGGCAGACCAAGACCAGCUUUGAAGUGGCUGAAAGAUGGGAGCAUUGUUGUUCCAGAUGAUCGUUUUAAAAUAGACACAGAAGGCCGUAUUCAUACAUUGCAGAUAACUCAAUGUAUGCUUUCAGAUGGAGGGAAAUACACUUGUACUGCUUCUAACAGUGGCGGCACGGAUACUUGCUCUGCUAAUUUGCAAGUCGAAAAAGAGAUGCACGCCCCAGAAUUUGUUGUUCGACCUGAAGGAGCACACAUUGUCGAGGGAAGCCAAGCCAGAUUUGAGGCAGUUUUUUCUGGUCUACCAGAACCCGAAAUUGAGUGGUUCAAAGAUGGAAAACUUGUACGAGACAGUCACCGCUUUGAACUGGAGUUCGACAGAAAUCGAUCCGCUCUUACUGUGAAGGGAGCAAAACAAACAGAUGACGGAGAAUUCACGUGUACAGCUACCAACCAAGUUGGGAAGGUUUCUUGCUCUAUAGAACUUGUUGUUGACGAGGCAGUUGUUGCACCUGAAUUUGUCAAGAAAAUGACAAAUAUAGAGUUAUGCGAGGGUGACUUGGCGCGAUUUGACGUUCGGGUGUCUGGCACACCUCAACCAGACAUAAAAUGGUUGAAGAAUGACGAGUCUUUGCGAGGGGAAUCACGAUACGAAUUUCUCUCCGAUGAUGACAUGCAUUCCUUGGAGUUGUCUUAUUGCCUGUUAUCUGAUGCUGGAACAUACCGCUGCACCGCCUCAAAUGAGGCAGGAGAAACGUCUUGCACUGGCGAACUCACUGUUGCAGAAAAGCUGUCCCCUCCAGUGUUUACGGAUGAGCCCUAUUUUCCAAGUUUGAUUGAAGCUGGAGGUGACAUCGUGCUAGAGGCGAUGGUUAGUGGUAAGCCUACACCAACUGUGGAGUGGGUCAAAGAUGAUACAGCUCUUAAGAACAGCAGUCAAUUUAACAUGAAGGCCAAAGAUGACAAACAUACCCUAACUAUUUCUAGUGCUAGCCCUGCUGAUUCUGGAGCUUAUAAGUGCAUCGCACAUAAUACUGCUGGAACGUCCACAAGGACUUUCAACGUUAACAUUGAAGGUAAGAAUGUCUGUUUCAAUGUUUAUCUUUUGUAGCAGCUUCCAUGUACAUGUAGCACAGAUAUUUCACUGUGCUAUGUCAUCCUCAGAUUAAUUUGUGUAUUUUAACAUGCAUUGCUCUAACUGGUGAUGGCAGAAGCGUGUGAGACCAGAUACCUUUGUAAUCAUUUCGAGUCGGACAAUACAUAAAAAUAUUGACCAAUCAUAUGGCUCUUUAGUGGCUUCUAUGACUUGAACUGUUUUUCAAACAAUGUGCUCUGUGGUAGAUGUUAAAUGUCGGAGAAGCUUGCAACAGUUUGCUUUUACAUGAAUUACACUUCGUUAGUGAGCUGCAAUCAGCAUACCGAAAACGCUCUACUUCGGGUAUUUAAGAGGCUGCUUCGUAAAAUGAUAUCAACUGACAUAAGGUUCUCUAUGUAACAUUGUAAGAGCAGUGGUAGACCAACAAAGGCCCAAGCAAAUAGAAUAGAGUUUAAUUCUGUAAAAUACUUCUUAACCUUAUCAUUAGUAAUCCUGCCCAGCUUUCUCAGCUAUUGGCUUCAAGGUGGCUUUUAUUUGUAAGCAUCUGAGGAAAGACCUAGCACUAUAUAAUUAUUUAAGUGUAUCAGCAUACUUUACAUAUAUUGUCGGUUAAAAGCAUAAUUAUAUCGCUCAACCAUUGCUCUGUGUGUACUUUGUAAUUGUUAUCAAUCAAAGGCACCUCCCUCACCUCAACUAAUGCUUUUUAUUCUGCUAACUGUACUUUGUACAUUCUGCCUUGGUGCAGUGUUUCUUCCUCACUUGUUGUCUGUGGACGAGCUAUGGCUUUGUUGAAGUCGGUCUUUGUGUAGGCUAACUGGCCUCUUCCAAAUCUUGUAACACGUUUGAUUCUGCUUAUCAUACGUCGUUCAUACCUCUGUCGUGACGUCUCGCAGACGAGCUUCUAGAUACAGACGGUCUACCUUUACGGAAAUGUGAAGAAACAAUCCCUUUUUUAUUGCAUAGCCUCAAAGCCGCACGGAACUGCGCCCACGUUUACAAAGUUGUUGGUGUCACCAACAGCCAUUGAGAACUCUCCAGUUACUCUGGAGUGCGAAGUCGUUGGUUCUCCUGAAAUAUUCAUCGAGUGGAUCAAAGGCGAUUGUCGAGUUAGGCAAACGACACGUGUUCGUACCGAAUUUGAUGGGAAAAACUGCCGUCUGAUAUUCUUACGCACAGAGCUCGAUGAUGAAGCAGAUUACAAGUGUAUUGCUAGAAAUGCGUUUGGCACUGCAUCUACAGAUUGUGAAGUGCUAGUGGAGGAAGAUCUCAGUCAACAUCAUAGUGCACCUUUUUUCAAAAAGAAGCCACACAACCAAACGAUAUCAGAAGGUCAACAUGCAACGUUCAGUGCUAUUAUCGGAGGAACCCCAGAACCCGAAGUCGAUUGGUUUAAAGAUGAAAAAGCGAUUGAAGAUAAAGGGAGAUUUGUCAUUAGAGACGAUCUUGACAAGGGAAAGUUUUCCCUAACCAUUGAAGAAACCUUUGUUGAGGAUGCCGGCAUAUACAAGUGUGUUGCCUUUAAUGAAGUUGGAGAGGAGUCAUACGAGGCAAGAUUAAGUAUUAUUCCCCUUGGAAAUAGAAGUGAACCCACCUUUGAGGUGCCUUUUGAAGUCUCCGUUAAUGCAGAGUCGGCCACACCCCUGAGCUUUGCCAACCAGCCAAAGUUUGUGGUAACAUCAGGAGAACAAGGUGCAACUAAGGAUCAACCUCGACCCACGAAAGAGAAGCUUACAGCUUCAAGAAAGACCGCAGACUUUGAUCUUGAACCUCCGCACUUUAUUGCCUUGCCGGAAGGUCUCAGUCCUUUUGAAGUGAACGCAGAUGAAGAUGUCACUCUGCAAGUGAGAGUAAGAGGUAAACCUCUCCCGGAGGUAAAGUGGCUGAAAGAUGAGAAGCCCCUGGUAGAAACAAGCAAAUUCCUAUGGAACAAUGACACAGAUAUAUAUACGUUAGUGAUCUGUGGACCUACACCAAGAGAUAAAGGAACUUACGUCUGUUUAGCAUCAAAUAGUGCUGGAACUGCCACGAGAAGUUUUGAAGUGAACAUAGAAGGCUACGAAGACUGGGUUAUGCCUUCAUUUGAGGAACAUAAAGCAAACCCCUUUGUAAUAUCAGAUGAUGGCGAUGUGACCAUGGACGUUAGAGUAGCGGGGAAUCCUUCACCAAGCAUUGAGUGGAGAAAAGAUGGUCAACCCAUUUUGGAAAAUGAACGGGUUAAAUUAUUUUCUUCAGAAGACGUUCACAGACUUUUUAUCAAAGGAGCUUCGCCAGAAGACGAAGGGAAUUACAUUUGCACGGCAACUAACCCAGCUGGAAAGUCGACCAGAACAUACACUCUAGACAUUGGUGGUGUUGGGCCUGAAGAGGUCAGAAGUCGCCAGGAAGUUGUAGACGAAACAUUAGUGCCUCCCAGAAUUGUAAAACAGACAGAGCUAGAGACACCGAUAAGUAUUUCUGAGGAUGGUGAUGUUAAACUGGAGGUUAUGUUCAAUGGAACCCCAGACGAAGAGGGGACAAAGGAUGGAAUAUUCUUACAGGAAAGUAACCAUUUUCAGAUAAACUCAGAAGUUGGAGUGCAGAAUCUUGUUAUUAAGGGUGCCAAUCAGGAGGACAAAGGAGUAUACAAAUGCACGCCUUCUAAUAAAGCUGGCUCCUCGUGGAAAACAUUUUCAGUUGAUUGUGAAGAAGCGGAGAACGUUCACCCAGAACAGCCUUCGGGACUGGAAAGGCCUUCUUUUGUUGAAGAUGAAAAUGUCGUUCCUUUUCAACUGACUGUUGAUGGAGAUAUUAAGCUUGCAGCAAGAGUUCAGGGUAGCCCCACACCACAAGUUGAGUGGGAUAAGGAUGAUGUUCCUCUACAAAACAGCGAGCAUAUUGUUAUUACUUCUAAAGAUGACCUUUACUCCUUACUGAUUUCAAAUCCAACUAUCUCUGACAAAGGAAAGUACACUCUUACUGCCACAAAUGAAGCUGGAGUUGGUACACGCGCUUUCGAUGUUAAAAUUAAAGGUAGCUCUUUAUCUUGAAGUUAUAAAGUGAGAGGUUUCCUUUUGUAAUUUUUUUAAAUUUCUCUAGUUUAGACAUUUCUCAUUUUCUUGCUGGCAGAUGAAAGUUUCUCCAAGUAAUAAAUUGGAUCCUUUUAACUGGUCUUAGUUUAGUCGCGAUUUGGUUUUCUCGUACGGAUUUGCCACGUUGUUCGCUAGUAGACAAACAUUAGAAAGAGAAUGAUACUCCUCUGACCAUCGGGGUGCCUCCACAGAUAGUACUUUCUCGAAUUCUUAUUAAAUGCAUUGAUCAGUUGUUUAAUUUGUCCAGUUUCCCCCAAAUCCAUCAUCUGGAAUUCUUGGUAAAGUUUGAUUUACAAAAAGAUGAACUUGGUACAAUUUGUUCGCCCAAGGGAACCAUAUGGUUGAUAUGCUUUUCAAGCUUUAUAGCUGCUUUUUGCAGUCGUCUAAAAUUUAAUUGCAGUUAUCAUGAAACAUGUUUAACUCGUAAUGAUUUUGUGUCAUUAUUACAAUAUGCUUUUUCUUCACCAGAUAGACAGUUGAUCUUAUUUUUCUUAGCCACUAAUUUGCUGAGUAAAUUGAAUUAUAAUGAAUGUUGAUCAACGUACAUGUCACAGGUGCAAAGCCAAUUAGUUCGUCGCCAGAAAUCACCAAGGAACUUGAUGAGGUAGAGGUACUUCAAGGACAACCAAUCACGUUGGAGUGUCAUGUCUCUGGAGCUUCUGAUGCUCACGUGAAGUGGUUUCAUGACAAUGUUCUUCUGACUGACAAUGAGCGAAUAACCACCUCAUUCGAUGGUGUGGUUUGUGUCCUGACAAUCCAACGCUCAAUUCUAGAUGAUGAAGGGGACUAUCUGUGUCAGAUAGAGAAUGACCAAGGUGUCGUGUCAAGUUCUUCUGAAGUGAUAGUGGACGAAGGAAUGGCAUUACCAAUUUUCAAAGAGCCACUGAAAAACACAAGUAUUACCGAAGGCGAGAAUGUCUGCUUUGAUAUCCGUGUUGUAGGAAACCCAGAACCAGUCGUGGAAUGGUUUAAAGAUGGUGUACAGCUUGAAGAUGAGGGCCGUAUUAUGAUAAUUGAUGACGUGGAUGAUGAUCAGCCAGAACUCUUCUCACUUGUAAUCGAAAAGUGUGAACAAUCAGAUGUCGGUCUGUACAAAUGUAUAGCUAUGAACGAAGCUGGCAAAGAUUCGUGUAGUGCUCAACUGCAAGUCACCUCUUCAUCAGUUGCACAGAAGAGUCCAGAUAUUGCUAAGAUUCCUGUGGAUGUCACAGAGGGCCAAGACGUAACACUGAAGGCUUUGACCAGUGCACAACUUCCCAAAGUCAUUUGGCUUAAGGAUGAUGAACCUUUGAUGCAGAGUACCCACUAUGAUAUUGAUGCUAAACAAGGCAUCCAUACUCUGACAAUAAGAAAUGCCUUACCUGAGGACUCUGGGAUUUACAAGUUUGAUACUAAUGAUGAUAGCACCAGUAUCUUCAAGGUCACCAUUAAAGGUAAUACUAGCAAAUUUGUUUUUCAAAGAGAAAAUCUUGUGUAUGAAAAACUCUGGAAGGCGGUUAUGUGCUUCAUUAGAUACACGAAAAAUGCACUGCGUCGGUGCUCGCUAUCAGUUAGUUUUGCAAUCAUACUUUUUUUUAAUAGUUCCACUAAUAAUUUACUUUUUCUUUCACUAAAAUAUUUGCGGAAGCUAUGUUUACUUGAAUGUUUUUCUAAAUUUGUUGAAGAGUGUUUUCACGUAAUUAUGGUAUUUAUUGAGGCGAGGUUUGGAUAGAGUUGCUUGAUGAUAAGGGUAAUUUUUCAGUCAAUAAAUUGGGUGUGGUAAAUGAAUAUCGGACAGUGUCCCAUUUAAACCUCUUACCUCUCUCAUUAAAUCUCAUCUUUAUUUAUCUUGAAGGGAAAGAUUCUUUAGAUGGCGUCGCACCGGAGGUCACAGCAGUAAAUAGUCCUGUGGAAGUACUUGAGGGAAGUACAGCCAAACUGACUUGUGUGGUCACUGGAACACCAUAUCCAAAAGUUACUUGGCUAAUAGAUGGUAGUCCUGUUGAGACAAGUGAGCGUGUCAUUUUUGACUGCGAUGGAGAGUUCUCAUCACUUCUCUUCCUAAGCACUGAGCUGGAUGACGAAGGAGAGUAUCAGUGCAAAGCACAGAACGAGAUUGGAUCAGCAAUCAGCACUAUGGAACUUCUGGUAAAUGAACUCAGUGACCUUGAAGAUCAGAGUAAACCAGAGUUUUCAGAGAAAUUGAAAGAGGUCAGCACAUUUGAAGGUGAUACUGCAGUCUUUAGCGUAAAGGUUCAAGGCUUUCCACUUCCUGACGUUCAGUGGUACUCGUCUGAACGGGAAAUUUUAAAAAAUGAGCGAUUUGUUACAAAUUCUACUGUAGAUGGUCGCCACACGCUCACUAUCAAUGACUGCGUAACUAAAGACAAAGGGAGAUACAAAUGUGUUGCAUCCAAUGUAGUUGGGAAGACUGUGUGUUCAGCUGGGUUGACAGUUAAGGAAAAGUUAAUCCCACCCCAAUUUUCAGACCAAGAUAGUGGAGCUCCGAUGUUGAUUGAUGAAGGAAGCGAUGUUACGCUGCAAGUUGAAGUAACUGGAAAGCCAAAGCCGUCCACUAAGUGGUACAAAGACGACCAACCAAUUAGUCGAACCAGUAGCAAGUACAAGACUGAUGUUCUAGGAGAGAGGCAGUCUCUCAAUAUUGUCGCUGCAACACCAGAAGACUCUGGAAUUUAUCAGUGUAGAGCUACCAGCCCGUCUGGGACAAUAACGAGAACCUUCGAUGUUAAUAUAAAAGGUUAGUUUUCGAGUCUGAAACAUUUGUUUUCCAUAUUUCAGCCGCAGAGAAUGACCGAAAAAUAAAUGUCAGUUUUUCAUAAAUUGUUCUGAGCGAGAGGUUUGGGAUGUCGCCAUCGUUUCUGUGAUUUGUUUGGAGUAGCACUCUGUGGUUUGAUCCUUUUUUAUUUUUUCUUUAUUCGAAAUUUAAAACUUCGAAGUAUAAAAUACAGUCAUGAUAGUCCACCUUGUUCAUUGGGGUGGGUCUUUCUCCUCGAGUUUUUUCGUUUAAAAGUAUAUCUCAUAGUGAGCAAGAGACACCACCUUGUGAAUAGAAGUAUUUCCUUACUCGUUACAUGAACAGCAAAACAACCGGAGGGCGAGUCUCCCAAGUUCAUUCAGCCCUUAAAGUCCAAGGAGGUGUUCGAAGGUAGUGCCGCAAAGCUUGAGGUCAGGAUAUCGGGUGAGCCAGAGCCGAAAGUGGAGUGGUUUAAAGAUGAACAACCAAUAGAAGAAGGUGGCAACUUCAGAAUUGAAUUUGACGACACUGAUGGCUGUACGCUCCUCAUCAAUUCUACCAAGACGAGUCAUGAAGGUCUGUACAAGUGUGUGGCUUCAAAUUCAUUUGGAAAAGCUAACUCUGAGGCAGAGUUGCUGGUUACAGGUUUGUAUUUAUCUUGAGGCUAGUCGUAAUGAAAGGUGAAGUAUUCUUUUGUGGGAGUGUGAGAGGAAGGAUUGGUCAGAAUUUGGGACAGGAAUGUAAAUGUUCAUGCCCAACAUAAUACGUGAGCCUGUACAUGUUGAUGUUUGGAACGACAUUCUUUCAUUUCAUUCAUAAGAUAGUUCGUAAAUUCGUAGAAUUUAAUUAAUUGGGCGGGCUUACUUUAUAUUUCCACUACCAGGCUAACGACAUGUUUGAACGCAUGGACGUGUUCGCUAUUCAACAAGUGCGAUGAAAAUUUGGUUAAAAUUAUUAUUACAUGCGUCAGCUUUGCGUUGAUCGAAGCACUUAGGACGUUUGGAGAGCAACAAGCUUCAGUUGCUCACGGCUGCACUUCUAGCGAGUCUGCAACAUACUUGGUGCUCUCCGAAGUUCGCGCGUACUACAUGUUUUAAUUGACGCAUGUUGACGUAGAGCCAUUUGUUCAUUAGAGUCAUUCUUGUAUACGGUUCUUUUCUUCUGUAGGAGACGAUGAAAAUGAAGUGGAGUCCCCAGAAAACUUAGUAACGGUGGAAAAAAGUGUACCGAUAAGUUCAGUACCUUUUGGACCAGUGGAAGUUGCACUCCCAGUUAAAGAGGAGAGCCUUCCUUCAACCUACAAGGAGAAACGUGAAGUGUCAGAGAAAGAGCUUCUACAAAGUAGACCUUCUUUUGAAGCUGUUCAGGUAUCCUAAAAUUUUUAUUUGCGUACAGACUAUCAGUCAAAUACAAGAGGGUUGAAGUAAGCAGUGCUAUUUGUUAGUGUCUUGGAACUCAGAACUUAGGCUCAAACUGCAGUCAAUGUAUUGUUUCAAUGUUUCAUUACAAUCACCUUUCGGGUAAAAAAAGGAUAGGAGCGCAAAGUAUGUCAAUUGAGUACGAUAUGGGAUUGGCUUGCUAACGUUUCAAACAUCUGGAUGUGGCGGAAACCCUUAUAAGAUCUCUGUGUUUGGGUUUUGUAUUCUUUUAUGGAUCAAGAAGAUUGUAAUUAUUGUAUCUCUGUCAAUUCAUUUUUGUAGCUUGUUUUACCUGGACCAGGAGAUGUGCCUUUGAUACCAGACACUAUUUCAGCCUUGGAAUACGAGCCAGUUCAACUGACACUGCCGGGUGCGGAUGAACCCAUUCUGCCUGACUUUAUGGAUGUUCCUAAUGACUUAAAGGUAAAUGAAGGUGCCAAGGUGGUUCUCAAAGUGAGGGUAAUUGGACAACCUGUGCCUGAAGUUACAUGGUUUGUAGAUGACGAGCUAGUGCAACCAAGUGGCAAUAUUUCUAUUCGUUCUGAUGGAGAUAAACAUGAGCUUAUUAUUCAUGAGGCAGAAGUGGAUGAUGAAGGGAUGUACAAAUGUGUAGCAAAAAGUGAGGCAGGAAAAGCUAUCUGCGAAGUGGAAUUGCUCGUAGAAGGUAAUUUUUGUAGACUCUUAGAGACCAGCCUUCGGGUUUCGAAGGAUGGAUAACGCUACAACCGUUUGCCUUUUGAAUAAACCUUUAUCCGUUGGAUAAGAUAGUACGUAGGAUAGCGUUAUCUGCUAUUUUAACAACUGGGCGUAGGCGACAUCAGUUGGAAUAAAGCCUGUGGAAAAUUGAUGUCAUUGAAAAACACAUCAAGUAGCGAAGUUGGAAGUUUUUUGGAUCUCAAUUCUGAACCAGUUAUCUUUCCUCAUGGUAUUUCGCAUGUAACAAUUUUUUUCCAUAGAACGUUUUUAAGCGUUUAAGAGGUAUGUUGUAAGUUACGACGCAUCAGAUCCAUUGGUACUCAUGAAGUUUUUUGUAACAAAUGAAAAAUGUUUAGUAGAGUGUCUUCUAACUACAUUUACAGAAGCAAGAAAGCCAAAAACAGAGGAAUCCCUUGAAGUUCAAAUCACAAAGGAGUUGGAGGACGUUGAAGUUGAUGAAGGAGAACCAGCAACUUUGGAGAUCUGUUUUGUGAGUCGAGAAAAACCAGCUGUUUCCUGGUUCAAGGGAAUGAAGCCUGUAGAACCGAACAAGAGAGUCAAAAUUAUAACAGAUGAGCAAAGCAGUAAGCUGAUUAUCAAGAAGACCGUCGGUGAAGAUGAGGGACUUUACAAGUGUUCAGUUAAAAGUGGGACUUGGGAAAUGAAUUCCUCUGCAGAACUUAUAGUUGAAGGUUUGUGAAUUAGGCAAACUCAAGUAAAUAAGCACUUUGGUCUCAACGAUACAAUUUGACCUGGUAACAAGUGCAUUGUUGACUUAACGCAAUAUGAUCGUAUACAGUACUUUAGAUGAGCUGUUUCUCGGUAUUGAACUCUCACAACCACCAAAUUCAGUACCGGUACCGUAUGAGUGCUGUUUGAAGUACAGAUUAAUUUUUGUUUGUUUUAAAUUACUCGAUGAUUUUUUUAAAAACUCUCUAUUUCAUUUCAGAACCAAGUGACGACGAAAAAGUGAUGUAAGUAAUUUCACGUAUUGUUUUUAUAUUAUCGUAGACAUAGAUGGAACCAGAACCUGAUAAGAAGUUGAGACAAAUUUUAUCAUAUCCUCUGCCUAACAGAGGCAUUACCUUUUAAACUUAAUUACUCCACAUUGUUUACAACGUUCAGGAUCCGAAAGGCAUUUUAUUUGAAAAUGAACGUUCAUUAUUGUUUUGAUCAGACUCAGGAAGCCUGUUCUGGUUCAAAAAUUUUCUGAUGGGGACAUUGUGGAGGGGGAAAAGCUAGAACUGCAGAUCAAAGUGAUUGGCUCCAAACCUGUCACUGUCACGUGGUACAGAGACGAUGAAAAGAUAGAAGCAGACGAUCACUGCAAAUUACUCUCAGACGACGAGAUUCAUGUGCUCAGAGUAAACCAAGUAGAAAUCGACGACGAGGCCAUAUACAAGUGUGUAGUGAAGAAUCCUGCAGGACAAGAUCAGUGUGAGGCACAAAUCCUGGUUGAAGGUACUGCAGUGUUUUUACCGUAUGAUGUUUUUGCUUAGGACCGAAAGAAUUUUUUUCACCAUUUGCAACUUGAUUUCUCUAUUUGCAGAAAAGACUGAUUCUGUGGAAUUUGUUGAUGCAGAAUUGAGUGGUAUGUGAUGUUCGAAAUUUUAGAAACGACCAAUGAAACGGAGUUCAACGUUCAAGUUGCACGGGGUGUUUUACUCUAAAAAAUACUCUUUGGUCUUUAGAACUAUCGUUGUUGUAAAUUCUUAACAUGACCAUGGUAGUGACUAAGUCAUCAACGUGCAACGUCUGCAAACAAAUAUAUUAAACGAAACAACAACAAAAAAAGCAAGCAGGUUUCAUGUACCCUUGGUAGUGGGCCGAGCAAAUCGGCCGAGAAAAAUGACUCCAGAGCAACAUGAGAAACUUUGACUGAAGUAAGCCAUUCAGUUGGCUAUUUACAAGCGUGCGCUUUAACUCGAACGUUGUCCUUCCGGCUUCUCUUUCUCUUUCUCGAAACCAUUUUGACUUAGGCAAUCUUUGACUUUCCGAAUUUUUUUUUUUCACUCAGAAAACGCUCCUCAUUUCAUCUCACGUUUGCCAGAAGAGAUAGAGGUUCUUGAAGGUGACUUAACACGGCUUGACUGUCGAAUAGGACUUGCGGCAGAAGUUUCCUGGUUUAAAGAUGACGAACCUUUGGAGGAGGACGAUCGCAUCACCAUUGAAAACGAGGGUGAUGCUUCUGCAGUUGUCAUCUCCUGUACAGAAUUAGACGAUGAAGGUGACUACAAAUGUGUAGCGCAAAACGAGUUUGGUAGAGCCAUGUGUCAGACUGAGCUAAUUGUGGAAGAAGGUGUUAGUAUGCCACUGAUUAAGGAGUCGCUGAAGAACCUUGAGGCCAAUGAAGGUGAUGUGGUUAAGUUUGAGGUUCGUAUCACAGGUAACCCUGAACCGGUGGUGGAAUGGUUCAAGAACGGGAGUCAGUUGCAAGACGAGGGACGUGUGAUCAUUGUUGACGAUGCUGAUGACAAUGACGAAGAGCUCUUUUGUCUCGUCAUUGAGGAUUGUGAAGUUGGUGAUUCUGGGACGUACAAGGUCGUGGCAAUGAGUGAGGCUGGAACUGCCAAUUGUGAGUGCAGCCUGAAUGUUACUCGUACUCAGGUUCCGCCGGAGUUCAAAGAUGAAAUGGAAGAGGUAGGAGCAUUUUAUUCAAAUGUGCCAUCGUUUUUUCGGAUUAUAGAUAUCCUUUAUGGGUAACGCACUAUCUUUAGCUCGAAGGAAAAGCAGAUGGUACAACAGGCACGAAAAUUAUUUAAACGUCGAUCAGUUAGCCACCUUAGACUUGUGAAAAGAAAUAUUAAAAUGGUGUGCUGAAAGCAGUCCUCUCCUUCCACUCGGUCUGGGCUAUUGCCCUGACAGUCCCACUGGGGUCACGGGUUUAUGUUAUUUUUGGUCCUUAUCCGGUUAUCCUUGAUAUGCCUUUGGUUAUUUAUUUCUUUUCAAACAUUCGUACUCAAUUUUCAUUUGUGUUACUGCCAGGUGCCUAUGGAAGGCUCUCAAGGCGACAAUGUGUCUAUGGUUGUGAAUACUGGUCGGUUACCCUCACCAGUAAUUGCAUGGUUCAAGGACGAAGAGCCAGUCGUGUCCAGUUCUCAUCUUGAGAUCUCACAGGACCCCGAUCACUCUAAGCUAAUGGUUCAUCAUGUCACCCCAGAAGACUCCGGUACUUACAAGUGUGUUGCAACUAGUGUAAUGGGUACAAUUACCAAGAAGUUUCUUCUUAAUAUAGAAGGUAACGUGAUCUUUCUCUAACGUUCUGGCAAGUAUUGAUCAGUUAGCGAGCAUAUUUAUUUGGUUUAUAAAAUCGGCAUUCCUAAAUGAACCCUCUUGAGCAAAGACAAUAAAAUACUGAUAUUGGUCACCAAGAGAGUGCUUUUCGUUCGAUGUAGGAAUCAGUAAAUUUCUGUAACUGCCUCGAGGGACUGUAUCGCGUUUUUCUUUGCGCUCAAUUUUUCUUCUCUCCGCAAUUCUGAUUUUUCCUCAUGAGAUGAAGAUAUUUAUUGUUGUACUGUUUAUGGUUCUGGACGUUAUUUUUUUUGUUAUAAAUGAUUGUAAAGUGCGUGCUUUUCCUCGUCACUCAGGAUCAGAACCUAAAUUAGAACAGACAAUAAGUACUUCCGACUUGCAAGCAGAACCUGUUAGAGAUGUUGCCGCACCGGUGUUCCUAAAAAAGAUGGAUGCUGUUGUAAUUAAUGCUGGAGAGGAGGCCCGAUUUGAUGUUAGAGUUUCUGGCGUUCCAGAACCUAAAGUUGUAUGGUAUCGGGGGUCAAAUGAGGUGAAAGAUGAAGGACGAUUUGUACACAUUGAUGCCAUUGAAGAAGAUCUGUUCACAUUGGUUAUUGAAAGCAGUGAAUCAGGAGAUGCUGGUCAAUACAAGUGCGUUGCUUCCAACGAAGCUGGUCAAACGUCAUGUGAAGCUCAGUUGAUUGUACACGAAAAGGAAGUUGACAAAAAACCUCUCAAUGAAAAUGUUCAAGGUACAAAAACUAAUACUGUCGAGGACUUAAAAUUUGGACACACCUACUAUACUAAGUUGCAUCUAGUUAGACGAAUCACUCAUCUGACUCUUUUUGGAGUUGAUUCAGACUCAGUGCUGCUUUGGGAUUAAAGGUUACACCCCUUACAUUAGUUAUAUGCAUUGUGGCGUGUCCAGUAGAGCAGGUAAAUGUACUAUUUCGAAUACAAGAGAAUUACUUACUAGUGUGUUAAUUAUCAUCUGUCUGUCUAUGAACUGAAAUAAAUGGGUAAGUUUCUAAAGAAACUGUGGUGCUGCGUCGGUGGGAGAGUAUAGCAGGUAAUUUAGUGUUAACAACUGGGUUGAAAACGUAAAUUAGCCACCGUAAAGGGUAAAAAAGCUGACGUUUCGAGCGUUAGCCCUUCGUCAGAGCGAUGUAAUCGCUUUUUUUAUUUUAAUUUACGUUUUCAACCCAGUUGUUAACACUAAAUUAGCUGUUAUGAACUGAAAUAUAUUGUUAAUGUAUGCUGAAAUUUAGUGAUAGAUAAAAGCUGGAGUUCAUUUAUAUCUUACAUAGCUAAACCACGAGAAGAGGCCCCCAACUUCUCACAGCCACUGCAGACAGUUGAGGUCAUAGAAGGAACUGAAGCCACUCUUAAGUGUAUGGUCACAGGCAAUCCAGAGCCUAACAUAGCUUGGUUUAAAGAUGGUGACACUGUGGCAGAGGAGAAAAGAUACAAAACUCGAUAUAAUGGAGAGCAAGCCACUUUAAAAAUCCAGAAUACAGAAUUGGAUGAUGAGGGUGAAUACAAGUGCGUUGCUGAAAAUCACCUCGGUUCAGCCUCUUGUUCCGCUGAACUCCUUGUUAAUGAACCAAACACUAUGCCUGAGUUUGAAGAAAAAAUGAAACCAGUUGAUGUCACUGAAGGAGAACUUGCAAAAUUUUCUGUGAAAGUGGCUGGUAAUCCACCUCCUGUUAUAGACUGGUUUAAGGGAAAAGAUAAAUUGAAGGACGAAGGGCGAAUUGAAAUCAUUGAUGACGAAGACAGUGGUAAUUAUACACUUAUAAUCAAUGACACGCUCUUAGGGGAUGCUGGGACAUACAAGUGCAUAGCUUUGAAUGAAGAAGGUGAAAGGUCAUGCAAAGCCGCCUUGGCAGUAAAGGAAGCUGUUACUAAACCUGAAAUAGAAAUUGAACCAGAAGCGACUCCGUUGAAAGUAGCAGAGGGUGAUGUUGUCAGUCUUAGUGCGAUCGUGAAAGGAAAACCUGUUCCCACAGUCGACUGGUGCAAAGAUGAUGAGAAGCUGCGGGAAACAAACCGUUUGAAGAUAGAUGCCAAAGAUGGCGAACACUCUCUUCUUAUUCUGGAAGCCAAACCUGAGGACUCUGGGGUGUACAAGUGUCAGGCAAAGAGCAAAGGUGGUAACGUGGAAAAAACCUAUCAUGUCGACAUAAAAGGUUCGUUGCUUCAUGUUAAAUCUUAUGAGAGUAGAAGUAUAUCAUUUGUAUUCAGGUAGUCGUUAUGAUGCAGGCAAUCUUGACACAGUUUUUUGCUGUAAUUGCAUGUGAAAAGCAUUUGAAACCCUUUCACAUUCUUUUCGAACGAGUUCCUGGAGCCCGCAUGUAAAACAUUCGGACUCCUCUUCUCUAGAGCCCCUAAGCGAUUUUUUACCAAAAGUGGAUGACCCCCAAUUUGAAACCCAAACCUCUAACGGAGUGCCUAACCAGUGGCAUUCGUGGCAUCAUGACACUUCUUCUACUUUUUUUACAAUUUAUCGAGAUUUGCACACAAUUUCUAAGUAAGGUGUCAUAUUAGCUGAAAGCUGCUUGUACACUCAGAUUUGGAUUUUCAUCAUUUCAUUUAGCCGCACCGCCCGAAGGUAUUGCACCAGUAUUCAUAGAGUCCCUACAGACAGUAGAGGUAGUUCAGGGGUCACCCGCCAAGCUACAGUGUAGAGUUACUAGCAAACCAGAACCAACUAUCGACUGGUUCAGAGACAACGAACCGGUGAAGGAAGACAAGAGGGUCAAGAUCCGUUUUGACGGCGAAUUGUGCACUUUGAAGAUCUUAGAAACUGAGCUUGAAGAUGAGGGCGCUUACAAAUGCUUUGCAAAGAAUGAAUUUGGAUCUGUUUCCUGCACGUCGGAACUUCUAGUUAACGAACCAUACAAGAAACCGGAGUUCACACAGAGAAUGAAACCCGUUAAUGUCACUGAAGGAGAGGCAGCACGGUUUGAUGUCACUGUGGAAGGAAAUCCAAUUCCAGUGGUGGAUUGGUUCCGUGGCAAAGACAAACUGGAAGACGAUGGUCGUUACGUGAUGAUGGAUGAUGAAGAGGCGGGCAUCUCCACACUGAUCAUCGAGGACACUCUUCUUGAAGAUGCAGGAACGUACAAAUGCAUAGCUGCGAACGAGGAAGGACAGGCAAGUUGUAAAGCUGCUCUUGCUGUCAAAGAGAAAAUGAUGACACCAGAGUUCACGGACGAAGAACAAAGCCUUCCAUUUAACUUUAUGGAAGGAGAUGAGGCACGCUUAACUGUAGGUAUUAAAGGCAAGCCUGUACCAACUGUGGAGUGGUACAAAGAUGACAAAAAGGUAAGAAAAACCAGCAGAAUAAGAAUGGACGAAAAGGAUGGCAAGUUCUCUUUGGUGAUUUUAGAUGUUACUUCUGAAGACAAGGGAAGCUACAGAUGUGAAGCCUCAAGCAAGGCAGGCACUGUCACUCGUAGAUUUGAUGUAAACGUAGCAGGUAAGGUAACGUUUCGCUAACGUGCAUAUUAAAAAGGGGUUGCUACCUUACUCAGCCCUUAAUCUAAACGUACCGUGAAAUAAGAUUGAAGUUGCAAUACUAGAAAGAUAAUUGUAUGUUUGGGGCUCAUAACGUUAACAAAGUGUUAUGCGGUUUGAUGAUUUUAACUUGAUGGAGUUUUUUUCUUCCCUAUUGAUUCAAAUACAUUUCUUCAUUUACGCUAGGAUGGUAACUUUGUUUUAGGCGGAUGCUAAUCAUCGAACCUAAGAAACACUUUUAUCAGCCUAGGCCCAGCUACCUCUUUUCAGUCCUCUUUUGGAGACCACCUUUUUCUUUCGUGAUCUUGCUCGCCGACGGUAUAAACAGUCGUGCGGUAUUGAUACACGAGGGGAGCUAUUUCCUUAUUUAAAAUCAAACAUUUACAAGAUGACCGUGAUUUUAGGCAGACUCUUUCUGCUUCUCUUACUCUCAACAUAUUAAGCUUCGUUUCUUAUUGUUUCGCAGAAAAGAGCCCGGAAGGAAAAGCACCGGAAAUUGUGGAACCUUUAAAGUUUGUUCAGGUCCUUGAAGGUUCUCCUGCCGAGUUAAAAUGCCAAAUAAGCGGACAGCCCAAGCCAGAGGUGGAGUGGCUCAGAGGCAACGAGAAAGUGAAGGAGUCCGAGCGUAUACAGUUUGUAAGUAAUAAUGAAACCUUCUCUCUGAAUUUCAAGGAAACCGAACUUGACGAUGAAGGUGACUACAAAUGUGUUGCCCAGAAUGAGUUUGGCAGUGUGUCUUGCUGGGCUGAAUUUCUUGUAAACAAACCAGCUGCAAAACCGGAGUUCAGGGAGAAAAUGAAGCAUGUCACUGUCCAGGUUGGUCAACAAGCCAGGUUUGAUGUGCUUAUUACGGGAGUACCCAGGCCACAAGUUGAUUGGAUGAAAGACGGUAAGAUAUUGGAAGAACCAGCUGAGCGAUUUACUUUUCUGGAUGAUGAGGAUGAGGAAGAUGAAGGGCGCUCCUCACUUACCAUUGAGGACGUAAAACUAGAAGAUGCUGGAAAAUACGGAUGUCUUGCACUCAAUGAAGAAGGUGAAGUAUUCUGCGAGGCCAACCUUUUAGUGCAAGAGACCCUGAUUGCCCCUGCGUUUGUUGACGAAGCUGAAAGUGCCCCAAUUCUUGCUGAAGAGGGAGGUGACAUCAAUUUGAGUGCAGAACUGAGGAAAAGCCAACCAGAACUGAAAGUUGAAUGGCUCAAAGAUGACAAAACAGUCAAAGAGGAUCAACGUUUGAAUCGUUUUGUCAUAGAGGACACACACAUGCUGAAAAUUACGGGGGUUGUCCCAGAAGAUUCUGGAUUGUACAAGCUUAAGGCUAGUGGCAAAGCAGGCUCUGUAGAGAGGGAGUUUGAUGUACAAAUUUCAGGUAUUGUGUCUAGCUGCAGUGUGCAUUCUCUGGCACCAAAUUAUAAUCACUAGCCAAUCCCAGCUGAGCUCUGUCUUUAUUAUCAUAACAUACCCAAUCCGUAAUCACCUAGUAAGCAUCUCGGUUUUCUGUUGCAGGAGCAAAUGGGUGAAUAUCUGUUUCUCUGAACUUUUAAGCUACAUUCCAAGGCAUAAUUAUUUGUGACACUUCCCAAGAACAACUUUCAUGUUGUUCUUUAACCCCUUUCCCUCUUCCUAUGAUGUUAAUUGCCACUGUCUCUGCCAUCUUCUUUGUCUCAACCAUGGUGUCUGGGGUGUAAACCUGCACGACACUAACAGACAGACAGGCCGACAAACUAAAAGACAGGUAGGACUUGCUUGUUUCAUAAAAAAAACCUUAAAAAAUCUUUUGACUUUACCUUAAUAGCCAAGCAGCCAGAGGGCGAUGAACCACAAUUUACAGAGCCCUUACAAGCAGUAGAAGUGAAAGAGGGCGAUGAGACUAAACUUCAUUGUACAGUUACCGCUGAACCACCCCCGACCUUUGAGUGGCUAAAAGAUGGAGUUCGAGUGAAAGAGAGCAGAAGAGUUAAAGUGGAUAGUGAUGGGAUGACAUCCUCUCUCUCUUUUAAAGACGCGAGGCCAGAUGACAAAGGAGAAUACAAAUGUGUUGCCUCUAACGCAUUCGGUUCUGCUUCGUGCACAGCAGCGUUGAAAGUGAUGGUUCUAUCUAAACCAGACUUUAAAGAGAAAUUGGGAGGGGUUGAAGUAGUUGAGGGUGAUUGUGCCAGCUUUGACGUUGUUGUAGUCGGUUAUCCUGAACCGUUUGUUGAGUGGUACAGAGGGACCAUAAAACUACAGAAUGACGAGCGCACUGAGAUCAAAGAGGUUAAGGAUCUUGCCCGUUUUUCUCUUACCAUUAAGGAUGUUAGUCGUGAUGAUGCUGGGAUCUAUAAAUGCGUGGCCUCCAAUGAAGCUGGAAAGACCACAGUACGUGGUGAGCUCUCUGUGAAGGAGAGGCUGUUUGCUCCUGAAAUUCCUGAAGGACAGGAAGAGGCUCCCAUUACAGUUACAGAAGGCGAUGACUGUAAUUUGAAUAUAACAAUCGUUGGGAAGCCGAAACCUGACGUGAAAUGGUACAAAGACGAUAAACCCCUUCGCGAGAGUACAAGGCUUGACAUCAAAGCGCGUGGAGAUAAACACUCUGUAGUGAUUCUUGGCAUCCAGACGAAUGACUCUGGUGUUUAUAAGUGUGAAGCCAAGAGUAAGAUGGGAACUGCAACCAGAAAGUUUGAUGUCAGAGUACGAGGUAUGUUACCUUUGUUCCUGGAAUCGUUGACGUUUUUUGCCUCCGGAAAUCCAUGUAACUGAAACUAUGACCAUAUAAGGUGUGCAGGAUAGCCAGAGCUUUAUCGCAUAUUUUCUUAAUUGGCCUAUGUCCUCCCAGAACGUUUAAUGUCAGAGUACGAGGUAUUUUACCUUUAUUCCUAGAAUCGUUGACUUUUUUUGCCUCCGGAAAUCCAUUUAACUGAAACUAUGACCAUCUAAGGUAUGCAGGGUUGCCAGAGAGUUUUGUCACAUAUUUUCUUAAAUGGCUUAUGUCCUCCCAGCGUCUCAAGUAACAUGCGUUAACAUGCGUUAACAUGCUUGCGACUGAAAUGGUUAUAUCCUUCAUGAGUUUUUACAAAAAUAGGUAUUGUAUUAUUGUAACACAAUGCCCUUUUUUGCCUGUGUUUUUUCCUUGACAGCCGAGAAACCGAAAGGAAUAGCACCAGAAAUCUUAACACCCCUCCAAAACCUUACAGUUGUGGAAGGUAAACCAGCAAACUUGGAGUGUGAGGUAAAAGGAGAACCACAACCCAAUAUUGAAUGGUUUAAAGAUGGCGAGCAAGUGAAACAGUCGGAGCGCAUCAACUUGAACUUUGAAGGCAAUUUUGCUUCUUUAUCGUUCAAACCAGCUGAGCUUGACGAUGAGGGUGAGUACAAGUGCGUGGCUCGUAACGAGCUCGGCAGUGCGUCAAGCGAAGCAGAGCUUCUGGUGGAAGAAGCUGAAACCAAACCAGACUUUAAAGAGGAGCUGAAGAAUAUCAGUGUCUUGCCAAGGGCCGAAGCCAGGUUUGAUGUGCGUGUUGUGGGUGUACCGCCACCAGAAGUUGACUGGUUUAAGGGAAAACAAAAGAUCGAAGAUGAGGGUCGCUUUAUUUUGAUUGAUGACGAAGAGGACGACCUGUUUUCUUUAGUGAUUGAAGAGGCAAGGCCAAGUGACAGCGGUGAAUAUGAGUGUGUUGCAUUCAAUGAAGUCGGUGAAGUUUCAUGUAAAAGUAAAUUAAUUGUUGGAGAAACGCUGAUCCCACGAGAAGAGGCUGAGGAAGCUGAAAGUGCGCUGCCUGCGGUUGAAGAAUCCAUCACUGUACCCGAGUCAGCUGCCAAGGUCGAGAGCGCUCUUGUUAUGGAACAGGAAGGAGGGGAUGUGACAGGUAGUUAAGAAAAAAACAGCAUUUUGACAGUAUGUUCGUGUGUGUUGCUUUCAUUUAAAGGUAGCCCUUCCAAACCAUCAGUGAAUAUUCUACAGUGUGAGGUUAAUUUAUCUGAAAUGUUGCGCAUGUGGAUUGGAGGUCCUUUCGUGUAGUCUCACCAUUGCAAUACAUCUACUGUUUCUGUGAAGAUCCAUUUGAAAAAAAGAGACAACCCAUCGGAAGGCUUUGUUCCCAAAGACACUUUUGAAAGGGAAAUAGCUACCUUUUAACGCCUUACUCGUUUCUUUUCAACAUUUAGCAUCUGCUAAUUAUCUGCAUGUAUUUACUGUUGUUGUUUUUCUUGGUUUUUCUUCAUACGUGCAUUCCAUUGUAGUGGUAGGUUUCUUUUAUUCUUUCCAUUAACGCGUGAGUAUCAUUCUUAAACCUUCGUUCACAUCAAUGAAGGGAUCUUUUGUAAUUUUGCUGGUCCUCUUUAUUAUUUUUGUUUCUUUAAAAAGUAGCUAAGAAACCAGAAGGAAAAGCACCGGUAUUUUCUGAAUCUCUUCAACCCGUGGAGGUAAAGGAAGGAAGUGAUGCCAAACUACAGUGCACUGUGACUGCUGAACCCAAACCUAACAUCGAGUGGUUUAAAAAGGGAGUGCGGAUGAAGGAAAACAGACGGGUCAAGUUUGAAAGUGAUGGCAACUCCUUUGCUGUAACAAUUAGGGAUGCCAGAUCUUUUGAUGAAGGAGAAUACAAGUGCGUGGCUACCAAUGAGAUUGACUCAGCAUCCUGUGCGGCCACUCUAACAGUGCGAGUCGUAGCUAAGCCAGAAUUCAAGGACAAACUCAAAAGAGUCGAAGUGAUGGAAGGAGACUCUGCGCAAUUUGAUACUCGAGUAGUUGGUUACCCUGUGCCUGAGCUACAGUGGUUUAAAGGGAUUAGUAAGCUGAAGAGCGAAGGUCGAAUUGAGUUUAAAGAGAAUUCUGAAGACAAUAUGUUUUCACUUGAAAUCCGUGAUACCCAGCGUGACGAUGCUGGGAUGUACAAGUGUGAAGCCUCAAACGAAGGGGGUAAGGUGUUUUUUUUUUUUCGUUAUGUUCAACUUUAAAAUUUUGUGCACAUCUGUGCGCGUCUGUCUAAAAUCAGUCUUAACGAGUGAUUGGCGUCAGAGAUUCCGCGCAUUUGUUCUGGUAACGGAGAUGUAUGCUUUGUUAUGUAUGCACUUACAUCUGUAAUCGCGCGCUUUUUUUAUGAAUGAUUGUCGACCAAUAUAGACCCGUUAAUUUGCUAAUAGUUACUUAGGGCGAAGUCAUAUAAAAGAGAUUUAACGCUAAUUCUUCUGAUCCAGGUAAAACCACAUGCCGAGCGGACCUCAUAGUAAAGGAGAGGCUUUUCGCCCCCGAAAUUUCAGGAGACCAAUCUGAGGCUCCCCUUACUGUGACUGAAGGCGGAGAAGUUAGUUUGGAUGUCACAAUCAACGGAAAACCAAAACCUGACGUGAAAUGGUACAAAGAUGACAAACCCCUUCGCGAGAGUACCAGACUAGACAUUAGAGCACGUGGAGAUAAACACUCUGUGGUGAUUCUUGGCAUCAGGGCGGAUGACUCCGGUGUUUACAAGUGUGAAGCUAAGAGUAAGAUGGGAACUGCCACCAGAACGUUUGAUGUCAGGGUACAAGGUAGGACUCUUUUAACCACAAUGACGUAAUUUUUCCGACUGUAAUUGAACGUUGUUUGAACCUUUUAGGUGAAACUUCUUUUAAACAAGAGAUACUUCCCUCCACAGCUCUCUCUUUUUAGCGCACUUCUUAUUUCUGAAAUGGAAGAAUUUUCAAAUGUGAUUUUGGUGUAUGCGUUUUGAGAGGUUUAUGAUUUUGAGAGAAGCUAGAGUCUCUUCUUCACAAUGAUAAGGCGCACUAAAAUCGUCACUUAAACAUUGUGGGCUGGCUAUGUAGACGAGUUCUAACCCAAACCGCGGUUUUACACAAGUAGUGAGCCUUACAUAUUCUCUAUAAUGAGAGUUGUUUUCAUUAAAUGAUUGUCCUUCCAAUGCUAGUUUUGGGCCUUCUUGACAACGUGCACAGUUUAGGACGCGGUUUUUUUAAAAUACGGCUAAACUUUUUUUUUUUAAAUAACCGGCCUUGUAUUUCACCUUAGCACCAGCCUCUGAAUUUUUACUGCGACUAGCAAUUCAAAAUAGGACCUGCAGGAAUGUCAGACGUUUCUGGCCCAUUCAAUGUUUAUUGUUUUAUGAUAUUAUAAUCACUACAUUGUGAUAUAUACUUCAGUAAUUACUAUAUUUUUGUUUACACCCUCAGCUGAGAGGCCUAAAGGAAGUGCCCCAGAGUUUACCUUUCCUUUGCAAUCAGUUGAAGUAUCCGAAGGGACCAAAGUGAAACUUUCCUGUACUCUGAAGGGGACUCCGCAACCAACCAUCCAGUGGCUUAAAGAUGGAGAACCAUUAGAGACCAACAAACGAGUUACAGCUGACUUUGAUGGAGAACUUGCUUCUUUGUCAUUUAGUGCAGCGGAACUUGACGAUGAGGGUGAUUACAAAUGUAUUGCUCAAAAUGAGCUGGGUGCUGCAUCCUGCUCUGCAGAACUUCUCGUAAACGAAGCGGAUAGUAAACCAGAAUUUACCGAAGCCAUGAAGGACAUCGAAGUGGCUGAAAACAAAGAAGGAAGGUUUGAUGUGCGUGUAACAGGAUAUCCUAAACCAGCUGUGCAAUGGCUUAAAGGAGCUGACAAGAUCGAAGAUGCUGGAAAAUAUAUUUUGAUUGACGAUGAGGAAGAUGAUCUCUUCUCUCUUGUAAUUGACGAUGUUUCCCCAGAUGAAGCCGGUACUUACACCUGCAAAGUAACUAAUAACGUUGGAGAGGCCGCCUGCGAAGCUGAACUUAAACUAAAGGAGAGUAUAGCGGCCCCUGAAUUUGCUGACGAGGAGGAGACAGGCCCAAUCACAGCAGUUGAAGGUGACGAGGUGACAUUGUCUGUUGCCGUAAAAGGCAAACCUCGUCCUGAUGUCGAGUGGUUCAAAAAUGAUAAGCCACUGAAAAAAACAAGUCGUCUGGACGUAAGAUCCCGAGACGACAAGUUCUCUUUAAUUGUUAUGAAUGUCUCACCAGAGGACUCUGGCCUUUACAAGUGUGUGGCUAGCAGCAGGGUUGGACGCGUUAUUAGAACAUUCCAAGUGAAUGUCGAAGGUAAGAUAUUUCUUUUUUCGCAGUACUAUGAUGUAAAUACUUUUUCAGAGCUGGAGAGAAUUUUAAACACGGUGUAAGGGAAUAAGAAAUCACUGAAAAUGACAUUCAUGGCUUUCUCUGGGGGGGGGGGGGCAUUUGGCUUUCAGUCCAGUGUUAAGAAAAAAGUAUUCAAAGCAUCCAGUCAGUGAUAACAUGUACAAAAGUUUUCCUUUCAGGAAAAAAAGCAAAGAAACCUAAAGGAGUGGCACCACAAGUUACACAGCCUUUAAAAGCAACGCAGAUUGUAGAGGGAAAUCCUGUAAGACUGAAAUGUCGCAUGACUGGAUCACCAGAACCCACGGCAGAGUGGUUAAAAAAUGGAGAACAAGUCGAACUUAGUCAAAGGAUCAAAGCUGAUGUAAUAGGCGAUAUGUGUCAAUUGUCCUUCGCUGAAACGCAAGAAGACGAUAGUGGAUCUUAUAAAUGUGUCAUUAAAAACGAUCUAGGGUCGACUUUUUCAGAAGCAGAACUUGUCGUGACCAAACCAAUUGUAGCGCCCAAAUUUAAGGAAAAGCUAAAAAGUUUACAGGUGAAUGAAGGCGAACAAGUUCAGCUUGAUGUACGGGUUAGCGGAAAUCCUACGCCGAACGUUUCUUGGUUCCGUGGACCUCAAGCUAUCAUUAACGAAGGGCGAUUUAUUGUGAAAGCAGACGACGGGGAUGAAUUAUAUUCUCUAAUAAUUGAUGAAACAACUUUAGAUGACAGUGGUACUUACAAAUGUGUUGCGUCUAACGAGGCAGGAAAAGCCACAUGUCGUGGGGAAUUAGAAGUUAAUGAAAAGCUUACGGCUCCAGAAUUUGCAGGCGCGUUCAGUGACGUUCCAGUUAUCUUCAGAGAAGGGGAAGAAGUUUCGAUGGAAGUUACAAUACGAGGAAAACCUGCUCCUGACGUUGAGUGGUAUAAAGAUGAACUUAGUGUCAGAAAGUCAUCAAAUAUGACCACCCUGGUCAAAGGAGAGAAACAAACACUUCUCAUAUACAACGCCAAGCCAGCUGAUUCUGGAGUGUAUAAAUGUGUGGCAAAGAGUAACAUGGGAACAGCAAUGCGGACGUUUAACAUCACCGUAGAAGGUUAGCUAAUUUCAGAUAAAAAUGAGUCAUACAAACAUAGGGUCCAUCUUAUAUUUCUUUAUCUACUGUGAAGGACUCAAAACUAGCUAAGUAAUCCCUUGAGUCCAUAUUUUUUUAAGGCGAUGGUGGUAAACGCUACAAUUCUUGUAUCACCAACUCCAAAUCUGUGGAAAAAGAAACAUCUCUCAACCUCAAUAUUCCUAACUCUUUCCUUUUUCUUAACUAGCCAAAAAACCCAAAGGCUCAGCGCCGGAGUUUUUCAAGCCUCUAAAGAAAAUAGAAGUUGUUGAAGGCAGUAGUGCUAAAUUAGAGGGCUGGGUUCAUGGAAAGCCAGAACCAAGUAUCGAAUGGUACAAAGACGAUGAACUUGUCACAUCUAAUAGACGAGUGAAAACCUACUUCGACUCGGAAGUUUGCAGACUGACAAUUUCUGAUACUGUUGCUGAUGACGAAGGGGAAUAUAAAUGUGUAGCAACCAAUGAACUUGGCAGUGUGUCGUGCUCCGCAGAGCUGCUUGUUAAUGAAGCUAUUAUAAUACCAGAGUUUGAGGAGAAAUUGAAGCACACUGAAGUUAUUGAGGGUGAUACCGCGCGAUUUGAUGUCUGCGUGGUUGGCAAUCCUAAGCCUGUUACUGAAUGGUCAAAGGGUGGAAAAGCUAUCGUCAGUGGAGGAAGAUUUAAAAUUGUGUAUUCUGAGGACAGCAAUGUACAUUCCCUUUUUAUUGAGAAUGUGUCAUUAGAUGACUUCGGAAGCUAUAAAUGCGUUGCGUCUAACGAAGCUGGAAGAAUGCAAUGUUCUGCACGGCUUGAUGUAAAAGAGAGACAGAUUGCGCCAGAGUUCUCCGAUGAAUACGGUGAUUCACCAAUAGAAAUUAAAGAAGGCGAUGAACUUAAGAUAAACGUGACAAUUCGGGGGAAUCCAAGUCCAGACGUAGAAUGGUUUAAAGAUGACAAGCCAUUUAAAAGAACAAGUCGCGGAAAUAUAUCAGCGCGAGGAAAUAAAUUUGGUAUCACAAUCUUCACUGUUACUCCCGAGGACUCUGGAGUGUAUAAAUGUGUUGCGAAGAGUGCUGCAGGUACAACGACUAAAACCUUCCAGGUUGAUAUAGAAGGUAAGUCAAUGUGCGUGGUACUGCAUGGAGUGUGACGCUAUUUAUAUCAUUCACACAACAAUGUAAGUUGUUUUGUAGAACUCAGUACUGUUAUCCAUCCGUGGUAGGUUUGUGGCAAAGUCUUCUGCAGAAUUUUUCUGGAUUUUUCUGGGUUAUGUUAAUUUUGUUUUUUUAAUCGAAGUGUUUAUGUCUUCUGCAGGCAAGAAACCUGCACCCAGAUUCACUCAACCGUUGGAAGAGACUCAAGCUACCAUCGGAGGGACAGCGAGACUGAAAUGUCGCCUAAAUGCCACAGCCAAACCUAAUAUUGAAUGGAAAAAGAAUGGUCAACCUGUUAGUGAAAACCGACGGGUGAAAACAGAGUUGGAGGGUGACCUCAUCUCACUGGUCAUCUCGGACGCUAGGUUUGAAGAUAGCGGAGAAUACCAGUGUGUUGUUAAGAAUAAGAGUGGAACUGCGUCUUGUAGUACGCGUCUUUUUGUGAGCGAAUCGACGAGUAAACCAGAGUUCAAAAAAGUGAUGAAUGAUCUGGAAUUACUAGAAGGAGAUGACGCCGUUUUUGAGAUUGCAGUUAAUGCUAAGCCCGACCCCAAGGUGCAAUGGUUCUUGAGAAAAAUGCCCAUCAAGAGUGAAGGAAAGUACACCAUCGAUGAAGACUCAGAGCGGCAGAGGUUUUCACUCACUAUAAGCGAUUGCCACACAGAGGACAGUGGUCAGUAUCGUUGCCUUGUAACAAACAGCGCUGGUGAAGCCGCGAGUUCAGCUGAGCUCAAAGUCAGUGAUAGACAAGUGGCACCCAGAUUUAUUCAAGGCACAGAGGAGCAGCUGUUUGAGGUUUGGGAAGGAGCUCCUGUCAAGCUUGUGGUGCAGGCCAGAGGGAAGCCCACCCCUCAAGUGGAGUGGUUUAAGGAGAAUCGCCUAGCUCGGAGAGUCAAGCGAGUUGAGCUGGAGACCGAAGGUGACCAGAGCAUUCUGUUGAUUCCCAAGGCAGUCCCAGAUGAUUCAGGGAAUUACCGAGUUGAAGCCACGAACUCCGCUGGAACAGCUGUCAAACCAUUUGUUGUUAAAGUUAAUGGUAGGCUUAAAAUUCAAGUAUUUGUCAAACAUUACUUUAAAAAAAACACUAGAAAAGUCAAGGGAAGUUAUUAGGGCUGUCAAAUAAUAAAACUUGGUAAUUAGAGUAUCAUAUUUUUAAAGAAAAAUUGCCACAACUUAGCGGAGUUUUUUGAUAUGUGGUAACUGAGGUAAGGAAUGUUCUUAUAACAGCCUUCCAUUGGUUAGAUACUUUUUGCUCAUAAUUCCUUACACAGAAGCCAGACUCUAAGACAACAGAGGUUGAGUCUUUAAAGCGAAUUAAAUGAGUGUUAUUCUGGUUCACAGCUCAAAAGCUUGUUCUUAGACGAGAACCAGUUCCUGCCGGAGCUGUAAAACCAGAAUUCAUUCAGCGACUUCAGGACGUUGAGAUCGUUGAAGGGAGCGCUGCUAAGUUUGAUGUCCGUGUCAAAGGUAAGAUUUAUUCUAAUCCUCUAAUGAAUUAAGUCAGCCUUAUUCCUUGAAUAUUUCCUGAUAUUGCGGCAACUGUAGUGCUUGUAAUCACAACAAUUUGAUCAUUUCAUUUUAAAUAAGAAAUAAUACCAAAGGCGAUAAUGUAACUGAACGCACACCACACAAAACGAAAAAUAACUCAGUCACAGUUAAAUGGGAGUGGGGGAAUUAAUUGGCCUUUGUUUUGGUUUUUCUAUUCAGGGACACCCGAGCCGGAGGUGGACUGGUACAAAGACAACCGUGUGAUACGUGAAGGCGGUCGAAUGAGAUUCUUGUUUGAAGACGACGGUUUGUGUUCACUGCUCAUAAGAGAGGCUGAAUCAUCUGACCGAGGGCGAUACAAGUGCGUGGCGAGUAAUCCAGCCGGCAAAGUUCAGUGCAGUGCAGAACUAUUCAUAGAGAGUAAGUAUCUAAUUUUCUUGUUAAACGCUGUCAUUAACUUUGUUUUUUGUGAUAGAAAUCAAGCAAUACGGUGUUUUGUUUGUUUGUUUGUUUGUUUGUUUUUUUACCAUAUUUUGUAAUGUUACUAUAAGCAUGUUGUUUCACUAAAAUUGUUACUUUCUCUUUCGUGCACAGGCCAUGGUUUUGAUUCUACCAGUGGCUCUGAUUACGAGAGACGUCUUUCACGGUGAGUUACGAUCACUCAAUAAGCACACAGCAAAUAUUAUUACAAAGAUUGUUCACUUGGCAACUGAAUACUAUGCUUCGCGAGGGAGACAUACUUGUGUAAUAUAUUUUUUAACAUGAGCUUCCCAUUUUGUUUCGAGAAAGGUCAUGUUUAAUCCAGGAUUGAAUAUCUUACGACCUAUAUGUAUUGUUUUUAUUUUUUCUUUUGUCAGAGAGUCAACUUUUGAUAUGCUUUCGGACGACACAGAAGAUGAAGUUGAAUCAUCCUCCUCAAGUGGUCCACCUAAGCUUCCUCCAGACAUAACGCUUGUGUUACGCAACCGUGACGUGAAGGAGGGUGGCGUGACAAAGUUUGCUUGUCGAGUGGUUAGCAGUAGUAGCGUGACUGCUGAGUGGUACAAAGAUGAUCAGCUUGUCAAUAAAUGGCCCCGCUUCACUUGUGAACGUGAUGAGGAUCUUUAUGCUUUGAACAUCACAGACGCCAAGAGGACAGAUGCAGGACACAUUCGAUUUGUGGCACGGAACGAGUUUGGUCAGGUUGAGAGCAAUGCAUACCUCAAUGUUGAACGUGAGUAGCACCAAUUUGGGAAUUUUAUGAUAAUUUGGUUCUAAAGGUCAACUCAAAGUGGUGGCACCUUAUGCUCUUCGUUUGGUCAUGGGCUGAUAAUUUUUUUUGACAAAUUUAUCGUUUGGUAAUGAAUUCGGUUAAGCGGUGUGUUCGUGUGGUGAUCUGAGAAUUUUUUGGCCCUAUUUCAGCUGACAUGGAACCUGAAUUCGAAGGAAACACACCAAGGUUUACUCAGAAACUUAAAGAUGUUGAUGCAGUGCCCGGUAAAACGGCGAGACUGGAGUGCCGUGUGAUCGGCGACCCGCGGCCGGAUAUCCGAUGGUACAGAGAGAACGAACCCUUGCUCGAGGGAGGGAGGUACAAGUUUGAGGAUGAUGAUGACAGACAAGUGCUUGUCAUAGAUGACGUGUGCGGAAGUGACGAAGGCAUGUACAAGUGCGUGGCAAGGAACAGCGCCGGCAAGGCUCACUGCUCAGCAGAUUUGUAUAUAUUACGUAAGCGAUUAAUUUGUGUUGUCUGCUUCUUUGUUUAUUGCCAUUCAUUUGUUUCUGCUUCUUACAAUUCCCUCUUAUAACAACAUUUGAUCAUUUGCAUCGCUUCCUCUGUGAAAUUAUUCCCUCUGCCUCCAAUAAGCCAUUUGCUUUCUUUUAAUCACAGAAACAGAUGACGAAGAGAGCGAAUCAGCUGGUGAACAAGAACCAGAGGAAGAGAAGUAUGUUACAAACAAAAUUUUCACUGUUUGAUUAAUCUUCGUGUAAAGUUGGUUUGACAAACGGCAAAUAAAUUUUCCUUUAGAUAUUGAUUAUACAAGAAUGAAAGUUGAGCGACCCUUUAAGUGGAUGGAAAUUAACAAAUUGUGUUUUUGUGUAGACGAAAACAACGUGUUUUUACGGAAGCAUCACCAGUGAUUGAGACCCUCAUCUCGCCUGAUUCAGCUCAGGUAGAGAAGUCAGAACCACCCUUGCCAACAACUCUGAAGGCACAAUCCAAACCGGAACCUCCAAAACCAAAAGAACGUCUCCGACAACCAGAAUUUAUUCUAAAGCUUCGAGAUAAGUCAGCGGUUGAAGGCAGCUCAGUUCGCUUGGCAUGUCGGGCCAUGGGAACACCGGAACCUGGAUUCCAGUGGUACAAGGAUGGCGAACCAAUUAGCGCAGGAGGACGGUUUGACAUCAACCAAUCAGUGAGCGGAUUUACGCUUGUGAUCAAAGAAUGUCAAUUGGAAGACUCCGGUGAAUAUCAAUGUGAAGCCACAAACAAAGUAGGCAGCGUCAGCACGUCCGCUAAAGUCAUUAUUACAGGUUGGUCUCAUUCGUUUUCUAUGUUUAGUUACCCAGAAUUUACAUGAAGACCUUACAACAUUACCUUGAUUUUUAAACCCUUUGAUUGUUUCGAGGAAGUCUUUAACUGUCUUGGUUUUUUAAAGGGAGUAAAGAUGUAAACAGUUCAGAAGAAAAGAAAAACGGAAAUAGUUUGACCUAACAAUUCUUUUUUGUUGUUAAUAUUUGUUUAGCACUCUCCAAACCUCGUCAAGAAGUAACGGUUAGUCCAAAAUUUGAACAGAAUUUCAGUGAGACACAAAUCACUGAGGGGGAGGACGUUAAACUGACAGCUAAGGUGUCGGGUAAUCCAGUCCCAGAUGUGAUAUGGCAGAAGGGAGGCAAGCCAAUCAGAGAAGGCCGUCGAAUUAAGAUUGACAAGAGCAAAAAUGGGGUGCAUUCACUUCGUAUACCACGUGCACAGGCUGACGAUGGAGGAGAGUACACGUGCAUAGCAAGAAACAAGGCAGGGGAGGCUUCAUGUUCUGCUAAGCUUAUUGUUGAAGGUGUGUAUACUUUUAUUACAACUUGGUAAAAUUAUUUCGAUUUGAUAUGAUGGUCGGUAUAUAUCUUUCUUUCCCUUCAGUGAUAAUCGCAGUUGCGUUCGUUCGUCCCCCAGUGGAUAAUUUUGUCUCCUCAAUGCAGUCGCUCCGUCCGCCCUUUUUUAUUGUUUGAUCAUUGUAAACUUGUCAACCCAACCAUUCUCUUCUUCGUCUUACGUAUUGGCACUGGCCUGUCUUUGCUCUUUUGAGACUCAUGCUUUUGUCUCUUUGUUUCUUUACAGCUCCCAAGCCAGAAAUCAAGGAGGGUGUUAUGUCACUGUAAGUCAAUUUAUCGCUUAAACUUACUCUUGAAAAUUCUUGUUACUUCAUGUUUCUUUUUGUACGUCUUUUCUAAUCAUACGAUCCUUGUUUUGUCUUUCAGUCCUAAGAAGCCAGUUGACGAGGACAUUGUAGUAAUGGCCACAGACAUUCCAGUGUCGCGUGAACGUGAGCUUGAGAGUGGUACUCCUGCGACCCCUCCUAAGUUUGCUCAGACGAUGCAGACAGCAGAAGUUAUAGAAGGAAGCGCGGCGCGAUUUGAUGUCACGGUCACUGGAAGCCCUGUCCCGAAAGUACGCUGGCUAAAGGAUGACAAACUGCUUGAGGAGAACCGAAAAAUCCGGUUUGAUGAGGAUGACGACGGAGUGUUCUCCCUAUUUGUUAAUGAUGUUGUUGUAGACGAUGAGGGCGUGUACAAGUGUGAAGCAACAAAUGUCAAAGGAGAAGUGACCUGCAGCGCAGAGCUAAUAGUAGAAGGUUAGUUGCCUUUGAUGCUUUUCUUCGCUCAGUUAUCUAAAAAGACUCAAGAAACACAUAUCAUGUCAGGAUUAAAGGUUAAUACUGAUUGAAAACCUCUGAGCUCAAUGAUUGUCAUUGCCGAUCUUUUUUCACCAGAACUUCAUUUGAGGGAGAUAUCGAAAGCCUAAUGUUUCACCCUGAACAAACCCUCUCAUCUUUUCUAAGGAAUUAAAAUUUGAAGAGCUCUACUGAAUUCGAGGCAUUUCAGAUGUGAUUGUUUGUUUGUUCAUUUUCACACAGGCCUUGAAGAAUCAACAGGAGAUGAGAGUGAGGAAACUUCGGAAGAUGAGUUACAGUCCAAGGAAGAACUUCCAAUAAAGUAAGAUAAGAUGGGGUGUGACGCUCGCCCACAUACGGCUCACGAUGGAAAAUCAGCUGGAUUGUCAAUGAUGGCCAUCAAUUAGUUCAAUACCCAACGGAGUUUUUGUUAUAACUCCAUUGCUUUCAUUUUAUUUUUUAUUGUGCCUACUCUUCCAGCUAUGUGAAUCUUAUAUAUUCAGAAAAAUAUUAAUUUAAGACCCUCCUUUUCCUGAUUUUCGGUUGGCUUCUAUUUGCUAAUUUCUUGUCGCUUUUUCCCAUUCUAGGGAGGCGCCGAAACCUGCUGACAAGAAAGUGGCGCCCCCACCUGCACCAAAACCAAAGCCUGCAGUUAAAUCAGGUCAGGCAAGAUGUAAACAAUUAUCCUUUACUCCAACACCGACUCUUGGUCGAGGCGUUAAACGUGGAUGCGUUUGAAUAUUUCGACUGAUUUUUAUUUCGUUUCUUUACCCCUAGUUCCAAAACCGGUUUUCUCAUCAGAGCUUCAAGACAAACAGGUUAAAGAAGGAGACAAUCUGACGCUAGACGUUCGAGUACCACUAGAGUGCAAAGCCGAGGUCACGUGGUACAAAGACGACCAUGCUCUGAAAGAGGACCAUCAUAUUGCCAUUAUCUCCGCUGGAGAGAUGCAAGCAGUUAACAUCUUCGAUGUGUCAGUCAAAGAUGAGGCGGUCUACCGUUGUGUUGCCGCCAAUGAUGCUGGAUCAGUUUCUACUGAUUGUGAAGUGCUUGUUGAAGGUAUCCUCUCUAUGUUGUUAGCAGUAUGAAUCAUAAUAAUGUGGCUUAAUAUAUGUAACGUCAUCAACGACAACACCUUUGUGCUAUUACACUGGCGAAUUGUUAGGAUUUCCGGAUUUCGGUGUAACAAAUGGUUGACAAAAAGGGGGGAACUAUACAAUGGUUGAAUUGAAUUGUUUUGUGUUGUUGUUGUUUUUUUUGCGGUAAGCUUAUCAUUUUGUGCUUUUAUUUUUACAGAGAAAGUCAAAGUUCCCCAAACAGUAAUGAACCGCGGGUGAGUACAUCGUGAUUCUUGCUUGAAAUGUGGUUUACACAUAAUUCUUAGAUUGAUUUUAAAAUUCACAUAUCUGUGGAUAACAUGUCCCCCUAAUUUACGUCCUUAUCGGUAAAUUUUUUUCAUGAUUCGUUUUGAAGUACACUCGCUCCAUGAAAUUAAUUGAGCAAACUCGUUCCGACUGUCAACAGCAAAAUCACUGAUAUUAGUUGAUUAGGAAGAUGACUGCAGUUGAAUUUAUUUUAACGAAGCAAGAAUCCUGUAAUUAUUUUCGCCGUGAAAAUGUUUGAACUCAUCGUUCAGUGUCGAGCACACUUGGGGUCUCUGUUUGCAUUGGAAAAGAUCUGAGUUCGAUGUUAAUUAAUACUGUUCCUUUUUUUUUAUUUCAAUCUCAGUCGCCUCUCCCAAAUGGCGCCCGAAUUUGUUCAAGAAUGUAGCGACCUAUGUGUGGUAAAGAAUUCCACUGCACAACUAGAAAUAAUAGCCGCUGGCAGCCAACCACUGCAGAUUCGAUGGUUUAAAGACAACGAGCCGAUCAAGUAUGGAAAGCGGUUGAAGUUGUCGUCUGAUGGAGAACAUUGCUCGCUUAAGAUUUCUCCUAUUGAGAUUCAGGAUCAAGGAAUUUACAAGUGUGUUAUAUCUAAUAAGGCUGGAACCCAGUCCUGCGAGGCCAAGUUAACAGUGGGAGGUUGGUGAUGCUUUGCUGGAAUGUACAUGCUUUUCAAAAUGUUUGUAAACCGGCAAUGUACCCACAUGGUGCUUUACGAUUACUGAUGGUUGUGUAUGGUUGGUUGUCUAAAGGAAUGUUGUCGUGUGUUAGAAGAUUAUAUAACUCUCGGGAGGUUUCUUCAACAUAACAAUAUUAAUAAAAUAGUUGCUCUUUUCUUUGUGUAUAGAAUCGGUAGACUUUAAAGAAAGUACCGAUGGCACAGCCCCAGGUUCCCCAGUGGCAAAGCGGCCAUCCAGGUCAAAGAGUGGUGCUAAACCGACUAUUGUCUCUCCACUGGAGGAUAUUGAAGUUAAUGAUGGAGAAAAUGUCACUUUAGAGGUAUAAUAACACAUAUCUUAUUAUUCGUGGAAUUUUAUUAAUAGGGCACAUACUUAAAUCUAUUCUGAACAGCUGACAAGGAAUAGUCGCUGAAAUGGUAACAGGACGUAUUCGAGCCUAAUAUGGAAUUUGUUACAUUUCCUUUUUUAGGUGACUUCCGGUCCUGAACCCAUUGACAACAUCGAGUGGUUCAAAGACAAUGAUCUCAUCCGCUCUCAGCCUCGGUUCACUCAGUCAUCAGCGGGCGAGCAACACACCUUGGACAUUCAGUCAGUCACUGUCGAUGACGAAGGAAUUUAUAAAUGUGUGCUGCUCAAUAGCUGGGGCAUUGCUUCGUGUUCGGCUGAAGUCCUAGUGGAAGGUGAAUGCCAUCGAAUUGCCUCAAGCAUUGCAAAAGUAACCUUUUUUCGGUCGCAAGUUUGUUCCAUCUGAAAGAAAAUCUCCUUGAUGGCAAAUUGCAGAGUUAUUCUUGUAACAUUUUUCACGCUAAUUGCCCCUUAAUUUUGCCUCUGAUUGUUGUUGUCCUUCUUUCAUAUUAGAAUCAAUGUCAGAAUCUUCAUCCCAAGAUGACGAACAACUUGAAAAGUUUAACGCCCGUAUGGAACGUCGGAGAUCACGUGACAGUGUCUGCGAGCCAGAAUUCCAACAAGAGCUUAGCAACACCGAUGUCUUUGUUGGGGAUACUGUAUACUUUACUGUCAAGUCAAGGGGCAUACCGGAACCGAAAGUCUCAUGGUACAGGAACGGAGAGCUCGUGAAGGAAGACUCUCGAGUGAAGUUUAUCAAAGAUUCGCAGAGUGGAAACUAUUCCCUUCUUAUCAACAAAGUGACCGUGGAGGACGAGGGCGAGUAUCGCUGUGUGGCUUCCAACAUGGGGGGAUCUGUUGCCUGUCAAGCAAAACUUUUGGUUAAAGGUAAAUGUCAAAGGGUAAUGUGCAUGAUGCCAAAUCAUAGAAUUUUGUUUUGGGGUUAUGUGCCUCAAAUAUUCCUCAAAUGAUAAUUCGUUGAAGCUUAUGACGACUUUGAAAAGACAUUGUAUUAACAUUGUCUUUUCAAAGACAAAAUAAAGACGCCUCUGAUGUUCGGUAGCACGUCGACAUAACUCAGAAUGAACAGACAUGGAAUAGCAAGUCCGAUGUUUUUAUUGAAAUUUUUUAUUAUAUCCAAUGCAAACAAAUGUCGUGUUAGUGAAAGAAACUGGACCAGACCUCCAUUUAGUGACUGAAUAUUGCAUUUUCUUUCCCUCAGGGCAUAAUCAAGGUGAAGCGCCUUCAUUCACAGCGCCGCUGACCGAUCGCUCCAUCGAAGAUAGCAGUGCAGCUAGGUUUGAUGUGCGUGUGCGCGGAAAACCUGCUCCAACAGUCUCUUGGUAUAAAGACGGAAAAGAGAUCAGUGAUGAACAGUUUCCACAUAUCAAAGUUUUGCAGGAGGAAGACUUGUUCUCUAUUCUGAUAACAGAAGGCAAGUUUGAAGAUGCUGGAACGUAUAAAGUGGUCGCCAAAAACGUUGUGGGAGAAGUGUCUUCUACUGGAAUGUUAUUUGUUGAAGGUGUGUAAGGUAGAUAGUGUAGCAACUAGGAUUGUUUAAGAUAUAUGGGAAGUAGGAGUACCUCAGAAUUAGGCUGCGAAUAGUAUUUGGAUUUUUUUAUUUCCGAGGAAAUCAUCUUUGCUCCGCACAAAAACAUGCAAUUUUUCUUUUAAAAAUUACCCGUACUUUCCAGACCAUAAUUUUACAGUCUUGAGGAAAAAACUGAUACUAAGAUGUGCAGCGCCAUAUAAAUUUCAGCCCAUUUCAGCACCUAAAUUUGUUGAUUAUCUGAAAAUUCUUUCUUAGAAGGGAAACUCUGCUCACCUUUUUAUUCAUACACUUUAAGAUUAAAGAAAGAGCUAAUUCGUUUCCUUUUUUUUUUUUAGGAGCCGAUCAGCUGCCACCCUUUGCUGGAGGAAAACCUCCGCGUAAGAACUCAGGCCUCUCAAGAGUUGAGGAGGUGAGAGUUUGAUUAACCCCUUACACCCAACGUCAAUAUGCAUAUUGCAUAUGUAUACCAGUAUAUGUUUAUCAGUAUAUGUCUAUCAGUAUGUGUACAUCGGUAUAUGUAUAUCAGUAUACAUAGUCACAAUUCUGUUAUUUUUACAUUCCUUUUCUUGGCACUAGCAAGGAGAAGGUGUUUAACAGUUGGUGAUCAGUUACUUUAUUCUCAUAACCUUAAUGUUUGAUUCAGGGCCGAGACUGUGUGGAGAAAUUAGAUGCUAGUCACCUUAAGGGGUAAAAGGGAAGAAGGAGUCGAUAUUCAUUGAUUAGGGAAUUUUGAGAGAAGUUAUAUACACAUACUAAAUAUUAGGUCAAUCAAUGUUUGGUCCAUGAUUCAUCUUGAGAGAAGAUUUCAUCUUCCCUUAAAAAAUAAAAUUAAUUUAAGUCACUGAAGAGUUAUAGAAAACUUUAGUGCAUAAAUCUUUGUGAAGAUAAUACUUGGUUAUAUCAUGGUUUUAUUCCCUCACUUGCUUCCCAGGUUCUGACGCUCAAGCUGUACACAGCCAUUGAGGACUUCUAUUCAGAAGAGACUGGAAACAAAUUUCUUAAGAGGGGCGACAAAGUUGAAGUACUAGAUACAAGCCGACCUGAGUUCUGGCUGGUCAGACGAGUGUCACGUGGGUCAGAGAUUGGAUUUGUACGACACACAUGCCUGAAAAGAGACGAAGACGGGUAAGAGUACAUUAAGAUCGGUCACAUGUUUAACUUGAUUUUAGUUUUCAGCUUGAUGGGUUAUCACUGGCUUUCUAAGCGCACAAAGACGGCAUAUACGGCUCAAAAAGUUGCCUUGAUGUCUUUCAUUCGUCUCAUCACUAAGUCGAUUUUCUCAGGAUGAUUACUAAAGCGGUGACGGCCGUCAGUUAACUGCACAAAAAUUUUGGAUUAAUGCAACUAAUCGAUACUUUACUUUUCAGGGAUGAAACCACAGACGCACCGGUGAUAGUAAGUUUUUUUAAUUUUCUCCUUUUACAACAUGGAGAUUGUUUUUAACUUCUUCCUUACUUUAUUCUGAUUUUAAAAUUCAUAAGUUUUGGCCCUUUUUUUCAGGGAGAGAAACAAAAGUUUGUAUGUAUCACCAACUACACGGCCCAGUCCCCCGAUGAGGUCUCGGUAAAUGAGGGUGACAUGUUAGAGAUCCUUGACGACGUAGGCAUGGAGAGCUCGAUGGUCUGCGUUAUUCCUACCGGCGCCGUCGGGUGGUUAUCAAGGGUCUUUAUCAUGAGGGCCCCUGAAGAGGAUGUGAAGAAGGCCCCAAAGACUGCUAAAGGGAAAGAGAGGGAAGCACUUAAUCAGCGAGAGUAAGUGAAGAAUUGUUGAGAAUGUUUGACGUCAAUUUCCACCCUACAGUGCAAAUGAAGCUUUGAGAAUUUUUCAGUUAUCUUUGAUGGACUAAAUAUCUUCCACUACGAUUUGCUCUCAUAGAUUCGUGCUUAACGAACUGAUAGAAUCUGAAAGGCAGUAUGUUAACGACCUUCGAACUGUUGUUGAGGUAAGGAACAGAUGACUUUCCAUGAGUUUGAUAUCAAAGGUGAUAUGAAUCCUGUUUAACAAUCAGUUAGUUUGGUGUGUCGGGGUUUUCUUACCGCAAUAAAUUACAUCAACCAAAAGCUCUGCUGAGAAACACCUGUAAUGCACAAGCAUUUUAUAUAGGCGUAAUUGUUCUACCGGAGAUGCAGACUUCUGUAGUUGAUAAUAAAUUUUACCUUCGCUUAGCCCCCUCCCCCCCUUGGUAUUUGCUAAAUCUCUUUUUGUCGUGAUUUGUUGUCACUGAAUGUACAAGAACCACUCACGUGAAGGAUGAUCUGUUUCGUGUGGUUUGUACAGAGUCACCUAGCUGAACUUGAUGCUGCUGAUAUUCCUAAAGAAGUUGUUGAACAUGAGGAUGUUGUGUUUUCCAAUAUGAAGGAAAUAUACGGAUUUCACACAAGGUAUUAAUUUCAUGCUACUCUUUCCUCUAACUCUUUCCGACUCACGUCAUUUAAUAUGCCAUUGCUCUGCUGCAAUAGAAUUACAUAUUUGUAGUGUGCGUGGAGUUGAACCGUUGACUUUUGGAAGGUGAAAUACGUCACAGUUAAGCAUCCCGCUAAAACACUUGCUAUUCGUUGUUUGUUAUUGUCUCUCUGAUGAUAUAUCCAUUCUUUCUUCAGACUAUUCUUGCACGAACUGGAGGCUUGUGCAAAGAGUCCAGAUGACGUUCCAAAGGUUAUUGUACGACACGUAAGUUAUAUUGCCGUAAAACAUAUGAGACACUUGGCUUCGUUAUAACCUUCAAUAUGAAUACGAGCAACAUCUUGAUUAUAUCUGUUGCUAUUUUCGUGUAAUUUUUAGAAACCAAAAUUUGAAAUGUACAUCAAGUUCCUCGAGGGAAGGCCGCUGGCAAACGAAAAUCUGGAGAGUGAGAAAACGCAAGAGUUUUGGACGGUGAGUGUUUCUCUUAAAUAAUCACUUUCGUUAAUAAGAUUUCAUUCCGGUGGUUCACUAGUACAGAGAUUAAUUUACAUGGAUAAUAUGCGAAAAAAAAACCCACGCCAACUGCAUUUUUAGUUUGAAGUACAUUUAAGAUUUUAAAAAAAUUUGAAGAUUAACUGUUUUUAAACUAAUGCUAGUUCACCUUUUGAACAAUAAUUAUUCCAACAUCAACAGGAGUUCCAAGAAGACACGAAAGGUGCCAUCUCUCUCUCAGAGUACCUUAAAAAACCAGCACAGCGCCUUGAUGAAUACGUCCUGCAUCUUAAGGUUAGAGAGAAUGAUCGCUAAUACCUAGUACCUAACAUUGAUUUGGAGUACAGAAGUCUUUGCUAAGUUUUGCUGAGAGCCCCUUUUUCAAAUACUUAAACUUUUUUCGUGUUUUUAUAUACUACCUUCUGGUGCUGUUUUUAUUUUUGUUUUUAUUUUUUAUAGUUAUAUAUUUAUAUAUUUUUUACGUCUAGUCUUUUGUAUCGGUAUGCAUCCAGGCGAGGGGAAAAUCGAUGUACAUUCUAAGCGGUGUUAAUGUUAUUUUUACCAAAGGAAUUGCUCAAGUUCACCGUACGUGCGAAUCUGCAGCACUCGGAUUUUCAGGUAAGUCCCUUGUUUUUUUAUUAAGCUACAAUUAUCUCUGCCAAGAUAAACCCAGUCAACAGUGGUUUCAAUAGAACUAGAAAGAAAUACAAUGGUCAUCACUAAUCAUCGGGACUCUUGCAUAAACCUGAUCACGUCGAUAAGAAUUUAAAAGAAUAAUUAACUAUCGUAUUCCCUCUGUCAGGUUCUUAACCCAUCCCCUCACCCCACGCCCCCCAAUCCCCCCCUUCCUCGAAAGGAACAUCGGUACGGAGGAGGGCAUGGAACUUGUAAAGACCAUACUUUUUACGUCUCCCAACGAUUUGAAGUUCAUAACUCCAUUUUUUAUCUUCUCAACAGACGGCUCUUGAAUUCCUAGCCAGUCUAUCCCGACGAGGAAAUGAAGCAGCACAAAAAUUCCACAUCGAAGGAUAUAAUGUGAGUAAUUAACUCGACGCUCAAAAAAUGCGAUUCUUGAACUCCCCCGAUCAGUCACCACCACCUGUGCAAACAUCUACAUCUUUCUCCUUUCACUGUGUGUAUGUAUUUUUUUUUUUGUUUUUUGUUUUUUUCGCAAAUAUAAUAUUUAUCCAUGGUACUUAUGUCCCACGUUCGUUUGCAUUGUGUUAAAUUUUUUUUCCGUCACUGACUAGCUGACCAACAGAACGACGAACGGAUAGACAGACCGACUGAUUUAUUGACUUACUCACUGACCGUCUGACGGACAGCCUUACUUGAUUCACAAGAAAAUUAUCCAAUGUUAUUUCCUUAUUGGUUUAUUUGUCAAUCUGCAGGGUGAGGUUCCUCUUGAAAAUCUAGGGAGACUAAUCCGCCAGGUAAGCUUCGUAAAGACUUUCAUGUAAAUCUUCUCUGUUUACAUGAAGUAUUGAAGAUGUUGUGCGUCUUAUUUUGCAGGAGGUGGUCUUAUUCUGGGAAGAGAAAGCUCGAGGAAAAGGAAAAGAACGGGACUUGUUCUUGUUCGAGAAAGGAAUCGUCAACACGAAAAGAAAAGAAGGAGGAAGAAAAUUCAUCUUUAAAAACAUGCUGAAGGUUUGAUAUAACGACUGUUUUAACUUUCAAGUCCCCGUCGAUAUUUUGUCCAACAGGUUACAAAUAGAAACAAUUAGAAACAAGGCCCGAGCCAUGCUGUAAUCACAACCCUUACUUUGUUUUACUUUUCCGCUUUCAUCCUCUUCGUUGUUUUUUAUUUUUACUUGCUAUUAGGUUGAUCAUAAGAUUUAUUGUUGUAAUUUAAGAACUGAAACUCAUUCCAUCAUGUGUUUAAGUAACUACUUGAUAACACGGUUCUGUUGUCGUUCAUUAAAAUUGUCACUUAAUAACCCACACUCUUAUUCUUUAGCUGACAAGUGGUAAUGUUGGUCUGACUGAACAUGUAGAAGGAGGUGCCCGUCAGUUCAUGGUGUGGGUGGGUACCUCCAUGGCCACUGCUCUUGUACUUCACACAUUUGAGGUAAGAUGAUAAAGCUGCUUAGUAAAUAUUGUUCGAGGGAGAAGGCCAAAACCGUUUAUUAGUCAUGUGUUGUAAUCGUCUGGGUUAGGGUGGUCCUGAAAAGGGCUCUUGAUGGUUACGGUGCCUGAGAGUUCAACAUCUUUAGUGGAAAUUUUCGUCAGUGUUAAGUGAAGAGUCGUUUGUAAGUCGAAAGUGAUAGAGUUUUACAAUGAUUUUGUUGCACUCACAAUGCCGCAUCUAAAUACAGAGCCUUUUUUAGAGCGAUACCAAGAGAAUAUGAGCAUUUGUGUCAAGUCUUAAGUGGUGCGAAUUUUUUUUAAUAUAAAGCUUCUUUAUUUACCUUUGCCUCUGUUAUUUCAGACGAAGACCGAGUGGUCCAAACAGGUCUGGGUUCGAGAAAUCAAAAGGCUGUUACAUCUGAGUGAAAGUGAGUUCAAGUUUAAAACCUCUAUUUUAUUUUCGUUUCUUUUCGUUUCGUCGGCUCACAUUUCGUUUAACUCUCUCAGAAUCAUCAAUCACUGCUGUUACACCAUCUCUGGUGUUUGGUGAACUUGAAGUUCAGUUGCCAAGUACUUCAGCCACAGAAGGGAACCUGGUGACCACAGUCAAAGAAACUAUCACUAGUCCCUCUUACUCGCGUUUGAUCGCUGAGCUCGAAAAACAGUAUGUGGCCAUCACGCCACCGGACUCACCUGAACCUCAAAGCCUGGUAAGUGAAAUGAUACAAUAUCAUUACGUGACGUAGUUUUUUGGUUCGUAUCCUGCUGCUUUCCUCUUCUCUUUUUUUAAGUAACAUAGGAACCUGCCAUUCGCUCGUUGCAUUUUCAGGGAUAAUUUAGUUGCAUACUGGGGCUGUUUGACUGAUUGGGUGUGGUCCCUUUCGGCACAUUUCUGUUAUGGGAAAUGUUCUGUUUUACAACGUGGUCUGCCUCAGUGGGCCAUGGGGAGGCGUGUGCUUGUCAGCUGAUCACUGAAGAGGUUGAAAAAUGUAAUGAGGAGCUCAUGUUCACGUAUGAUUGUUACUUGUAGAACAUUCAACUAGGAGGCACCUACCACUUGUCGGAAGAAACACUGGAACGAGAUACACGCGAGCGCGUAAUCGGCCGCGGUGAACAAGUACGAGUGCUUCGCUCAGGCCGAGAUCUCUACUUCGUGCAAACCGUCAAAGAUGGAGAAACCAAAGAGGGCUGGGUUCCUGGAAGCUGGUUGCUAGAAAGAGGUUUUGACGACCAGAUUACAGGCGCCCAAGUCCAGGUUGAGCUGGAAGCUGGUUUAGAAGAUGAUAUUGCACAAGAUUUGAGUUCAGAAGCGUCUGAACCGGAGCUGCAACGGCUCAAAGAAACUGGGGAAGGUAAAUAUCUUUUUCAUUGAUAUCUCCAGCCCACGAUUAGAUAAUAAAUACAAAUGAGUGCAGGUGAUGUUUUCUUAACCUUAAGAUAUCUAAGUAGUAAUAAUCUUAAGUUUAAGCGCUUUUCGAUAUAUCAGGCAAGUCUGCACAACGUGACCUGCCGGCCAAAAAUAGCUUUGAUCCCCUCACCUUGUUUCUUUGUAUAUUUCCAAACAAACACUAAAUACUGAAUCAAAAAACGUAAAAAAAAAAUUUAAGCCAGCUCUAUGGUCUCUCCUUUCUCCAGUCACGCUCGUCGAGGUAUUCUUUGUUUAAGGAUUCAAUUACAAAUUCAAAAAGCUUAAUCUUAAAUUGCUAUAAAUCUUGACAAUUUCUACUCAUUUUGAAGUGAUACAUAGUGGUGUUCUUAAAGUGUUUUAAAACUUGGCUCGACUGUCGCUCUUGGAACAUUCCAAGGAUCCCGCGACUCCGUGGGAUGGGUUAUGAUAAAAGAAAUCAGUAAAUUUUAAAACAGAAAAAUCACAAGACUUCAAUUGCAGGGUACUUUGAAACGCUAAUGCGGCAAUCAAUUUAAGCGUUGUUGAAGUUAUUGUUUCAAACAAUAGUAUGCUUUGUUAACAUCCUUAUUCUUCGGUCGCGUCUCUUUGGUUCAGAAUUACUGGGAAUAUUAAUUAUGAUAAUUCUGUUUUCCAUCUGCAAGUGAUUAAUGCAGUGGAAUUCACAUCGCUCAUCGGUGGAAAUUACAUAUUUAUGCUCUAUUCUCGAAAGGGUGUUAUUUGAUUCAAAAUAAUUGUGUUAGUUGGAGUCACAGUACAUCGUUUUAAUAAAGGCGCGAACUGUUUUCGGAUUCAGUCGGCUUUCAAAUGUCUUCACGGUCAACUCUUUCGUCUUCGCGGAGUUACGGGUCUUCAUCAGCUUCUGAAACUCGAUCAUACGAAAGGACAUCGCGAAUUCGUGAACAUUCGGCGGACGAACGAAACGAAGGGCGACCGAGAAGGCGACGAGGUAACAGAGAUGCAGUUAUUUUUUGUGAUUUUUCUCGUUGAAAACUUCUUUAGUUGAGUAUUUUGGUAGCAGUAGGUUCUGAAGAAAAUAGUUUCUGAGAGACCUUGACUUUCUUGAAUUAAUGGCGCGGACAUCCAACAGUGACAACCAGGAUUUUUCCAAUACUGUAUUAUUUAUAGGAUAAAGUAAAGUGAUAGAAUGCAAAUCUAAUGUACCAUCUUUUGAACUUUUUUAUCUGCAAACUAAUUUGAAUUUUGAUUAGGUCAUUUGCAAAGGUAAGAUAUUGGACAGAUAUUGGACCACUCAAACAUAAAACAAAGUCGUUUGUAACUGUAAAGUAUCACUUCUACCCACAGCUCAGCCAAAGUUUACAGAGGAACUUGAAGAUAUCGAAGUGUGUGUCGGCCAACCUGCCAGUCUGCGCUGUCGAGUGGAAGGUGACCCUUUCCCAGACAUAGAAUGGUUUGUAGAUGAUGACAAAAUCAAGAAAGGGGGAAGAUUCGAUUUUCUCAGUAACGGAGACCUUGUUACUCUGAAAAUUUCCGAAACAAGUGCCGAAGACGAAGGAGAAUACAAAUGUACAGCCAAGAAUGAAAACGGAAUGGCUACCACAAGUGCCGAGCUCAUAGUAAAUGGUAAGUCCUUUAUCCGUCAAACUGAUCUUUGUAUUCUUUGCGGUUUUUUUAUGGUUGACUGAUAAGUGUCAUCAAAAUUUUUCCUGUCAUAGAAGUUUUGAUGAACUCAUAGAUACGCUAUACAAUAAUUAUAUAAAGCGCAAAUAGUGUCGGAGGAAUGUACACGGGUUAUUUUUAAAAAGGAAAUUUACUUCAAAGCUCGGUAAUUAGGGUUCAGUUAUUAGUAAAAUUUGGUCUUUGCAUUUUGAUUGCUCUUCUCACGAUACUUCCUUCUGGAUGCAACAUGGGAUCAAUCGUCCCAAAAUUGUACAUCAACGUUAGUAUUUGUGCAUGCUUCUAAAUCAUUAGUCAAUAAUUGAGGUCAAUAGAAAUGCUCCAUUUACUCGACCAGUGUCUCUUUUGCUCCGCAGGCAGCCUUGGUUUUGUUUUGACGUUUUAUUGUUGUUUUUACAUUUAAACGACAGUGAGCCUUGUUUUCAAUCAGCUCGUUCUUUUAUAUUAAGCGUUCACUUAAUGCCCACACCACGGAGACUCUGAACUGAGUGGCAGGCUAAUUUCUCAUCCAUGUGACAAGUACUUGGACGUUCGUGGUUUAAAUUUCAAGCAUGUGAAGGUUAAGUUAAGCUCAACGGCAGGGUGCCUCGCUCAUUAACAUCAACAUUUCUUAUGCCAUGAUUUCUUCACACGCAACUACUUGAAGAACUUAGCUACAGUUUAUGCUUUGACUUGCGGUGUCGAGAUGUAAAAUACAACUGAUAUUACGUUACAUUGUUGGUAUAAUUUGUCCACACGAUUUGCCGUCUCCGGAUAGUCGCGCCACCCUUAAAAGGAAUGUUGAUCCUUCUGUAGAUAACUUUCACUCCCUUUGUUACAUUCACUCUACACUAUAGCAUCCACCAAAUUGCGAGGCUGUUCAUUUGUUGGCCUAACAGUAGCUGACACUUAAGACCUGGCAGUAUGCUGAUGUUUUUCGGCUUGCCUUAGUUGCUACUUGAGAUACAUUUCUCGUAAACAGCCUCUUUUGGUGACCUCAAUGGAAUUGAAUCUGAAACAUCUCCAGCAAAUGUAAAGAAUCAAAUUUCCUCCAAUAACCGUUUUUAAGUUUAAAGAAGGAAGUAAAACACUUAUUUCCUCCAUUUACACUCGAUAUGUAUUAGUUACCGUGAUAAAAUAGCGAUUCGAGUGACGUGGGUUGAAAUUAGCUGAACAGAUCUGUGUUGUUGAUAUGUUUCUUGCGUGACAUGCUAAUUUGGCGGCAUUCGUCUGGUCCUUUUAUCUUUGGUUACCUUUUUUUCGGCAAUUUAGAUUGAUUAUACCAGCCUAUCAAAAUAAAUAAAUUACACCCCGUAAUCAUCGGUCAAAAUCUCUUUAGUACAUAGAACUGUUUCUAGCAGCGCGAUUUUUUUUUCUUUUCGAUACUGUUAUUUAUCCUGUAUCUGUUUUAACUGGAGGAUGCCCACUAAGAAGUGUAAGUCAUAGAUUGUCAUUUUAGAAUCGUGCUACAAAUAUGACAUCAAUCCAUUACUUGAAAAGGUCACUUUUCACGUUUUAAAUGGCGCGUUGUAAACACGAUCGUUUGGAUGAUCAUCUGUUCUUCACAUUCACAGUAUAACCGACAUUACUGCGUUUAGCAAGGGACAGGCUCAGCUCAUUACAACCCACCAGAUGAGACCUUAGUUUUUCUUUCAAAAUGUGUUAGAUUUGAGACAUGACUUUUAACUUCUUUUAAGGCUCGAAACAAGCCGUAUGACAGUAUCGACGAGUCGUGGUGUAUGUUGAAAUGCAAAAUUACAUUUUCGACUUUCGAGGGCUUAUUUGAAAACAUAAUCACGGGAGCCUUAGAGGCUGAGGGGAUAACGCCGUUAGAUGGCCGUCAGAGGCAGAGUGUGGUUAACGUGCGCCGCAAACCAAACACUCAGCGACCUUCGGUAGCGCUACUGUUACGAAAUGACUGAUCAGCCCUUGAAGAUCUGAAGGAACCUUUCCGGCGUUUCAUUUACGAUUUAGCUUAUGAACAAUUUUAUUUGAAUAUCCUGCUGAUUUUUGACGGCUAUGUAAGAAUAGAAAUGUAAGUAUUUUCAACUUCACUAUAAUGCAAGUGACAACAAAGUCUCCUCAACUGUGGUUCAGGUCUAUUCAAAGAUGUCUCUGUUCAGCUCGUUUUUUUCCAAUGUUAUACGUCAUGAUAAAAUAGCCUUGAAAACGUUAAACAGCCUAAAUUCUGUUCGAUGUUUUAACUUAACAUUAAUGUUUCAUCAGGUGGUUUAAUAUAAGAGUAGUAACAUAUCCAGACGCCUUCUUCCUUAAUUUUAGAUCACACAUUCUGUUGAACUGGAGAAGAUCACAUCACUGGCUUCUACUAAACAGUAAUAAGACCCAUCCAUCGUCGACUGAUGUCAAGGCUUGCGUAGCAUUGAAAAAUUAUUUGAAUUUGUUGAACUGUUAGCUCGCUUCCUGUAUAUCGGCCGUGCCAUUGAUUAGGGAACCUCAGACUUUUCUGUCAUUUUAUAAUUGUCAAGUUCCUGAACUCUUCAUAAAUCAAAUUGACUUUAUUUUGACUUGUCGAUUUAAUAUUAUUUUUUCUUGCAAUUUUUGUCGCGUUAUACGAUAAGAUGAACAUUCCACUUGGUUGACCUCGUACAAUUCCUCUCAGCUAAUUUGCUAUGAUGUCUUUUUGAAGUUUCCGAUUGAAGUUUCAGUUGAAGUGAUGAUGAUUUUGAUAAGUUGGUUUUUAAGAGACAAACGUGCUUUCCUAUAUUAUUUGUUACCAUUUGUUUAUAAUUUUAUGGGUGAUUCAUUGUAAAUAAAAUGAGAGGUUACGAUAAGUGGAUAAAACACUUAACAUGUUUUUUUGUUUUUUUAGUGUGAUAAUCGAAAUAAUUGCAUCAAGACACUCACAAAUCAGUCUUCAUUGUGAUUUUUUUCCUUUUCUCGCAAUAUAAAUGUUUCAUUCUACUCGAGAUUUCUAAGAAUUUAAAUGCUUCUUCGCGUUUUAAGUCGAAGAUUCGUGAAUUCGUACAAUUGUAUCAGUAUUGUGACCGAUGAUAUAAUGAUAUCGAGAGGUAAAAACGCGAGGAAGCGCGGGAACUGUUUUCAUGGCUUCCAAACAAACUUUAUGGUGUGAUUUGAUCUGCUGCGACUAAUUCUUGCCUUCAUACUUAAAUUGUUUGCAAUAAAAGUUUCGAUUAUGUCUAUCAGUCAAAAUUUCCUCUCCAGCCAAUAGCUGAAGUAUACUUGAGCAACACGAAUACAAUUAUUACACAGUUGAUAUUUGGUUCAAGUUUAGUUUCCGUCUUCCGAUGAUAAUUUUGCCUGUUUUACUUUCCAGCUCCAGCGAAAAUCGACAAAGCUCCCAAGUCUCAAACGGUCAGCGUUGGGGAUGUGGUCUCUUUUAAAUGUGAAAUUUCUGGAAAUCCCGUCCCGACUGGAACUUGGUACAAAGGCAAAAAAGAGCUAAAGGAUGAAGGAAGAGUGCUUAUAGAAAUUGAAGAGGAUUUCUCCGAGCUAGAGAUUGAAAAUGUUGAAACUUCCGACGAAGGAGAAUACAUCUGCCUGGUGAAAAACGACUUUGGGGAGGACAAGUGCUCAGUGACUCUUACUGUGAAAGGUGGGAAUGGUGUUUUGAACCGAAACCAAGUUCUUCUUGUUAAAAUCACAAAUAAGACUGUAACCUGUUUUAUGAUUAGAGCCAGAUGGAAUCACCAACAUAAGGAACGGGUAUUCGGAUCAAACUUUCCUUAUCACGUGUCAUGACUUGGUGAUAUUUUACUGGCGGAAAUAUGUUAUGUGAGAGUUCGUAACUUGUGUAUUAUUUAUAAAAUAUAAAUGCCAUGGACUGGAAAAGUACAUUUUUUUUUCGAUUUUCACUUUCACUCGAGAGGUACAAGAAAAACUAAUCCAAUCUUGUAUUUUUCAUUUUUCUUCUUUUCAGGGGGAGGAGAUGUAAAUGAAAACAACAUCGCUGAAGGUGGUGAUGAAGGUGUAGCGAAAGGUAAGUAACUAAACGCUCGGAAAGGAAAAAAGACCAUUCAGUCGCUAUCCAUUCAGUGGUCAUGCACAAGGGUUUCAUUACAGACUUUUGAGUUCGUGCCACCUGUUACAGCAGGAUAAACAUUACUAUAUGAAGGUACAUGAAAUUAGAUGUAGCUUUCAUUUGAAUGGUCACACACAAGGGUUUCAGUUUUGUUUUGGUUUUGUUUCGGAUUUUCUCCGUACUAAUGAUAGUAAAACUCUUAUGUUUCGUACCUAUUAACACACUGUUACUCUAUCCAGACGAUGGCGGUGAUGGAGACAGUGACGUAGAAAGCAAAGACCUUGACCUUCCGCUUCGAGAUCCAAUCUCCCUGCGGACGGAUAAGAAAUUUGAUGAUGCAUACGUUUCUCAGAAAGAACUGGGAAAGUAAGGUUCAUUUCCUUUAUCUCUAUGUGGUCUUAUUGUAUUUUUAUCAUUUUACCCUGUGUCUGAAUUUAACGAUGAAAUUUUACGUCAGUGGAGUCAGCCAAUCGUUUCUUUAGGUACAAACAAACGUACGUACUUGCAGUGAGAUGGCAACUGUCUGUUGUGUAUGUUGUGAUUGGCAUUUGCUUUUCCGAAGGACUUGGUUGUCCAAUCGUAACAUUGCAGGACUUUUCAACAGAUAGUUGUAGAGUUUUAUAUUGAAGCUUUCCUCGUCUUCUGUCUCUUUCCUCCUCUCCGCCAAGAUCUUCCUUCUUUUAAAAUAUUUACUAUCUUUACUUCCCAGGGGUAAAUUUGGAGUUGUCAAAAAAGUUAAAGAAAAAAGCACCGGGACGGAAUACGCCGCCAAGUUCCUAAAAAUCACCAAGGAGUCAAGGGAAGAAGUUCUGGCAGAAAUGCUUAUCAUGAAUAAACUGCACAGUAAACGGCUGAUCUACCUCCAUGAUGCAUACGAGAGACCAAAGGAGAUGAUUAUAGUCUUGGAACUGUGAGUGAAAUUAGUUAUCACAGUUAUCCUGCUUACUGGGAGAUAAAAAGUAGAGGAUGGGGGAAACAAGGAAAGAUGGUAACAAUGCGAGAAUGAGACCUAAACUUAGAUAAUUUUAUUACAUAUUUCAGUUGAUCUGAUGUUAAUGGUUUUCGAGAAAUCGCAGUUUCUGUAUUAUAGGAAUUUGAAUUGUUGAUGUCUUUAGUGAAUGUCAGUAUAUUGUAAUGAACCCGAACAAAAUACAUUAAGAUAAGUAUUGUUUCUUUCAGCUCAUUACUGAAAACGAAUGAGAAGAUAGUAAAUAUUGUCAUAUCUGCUGUGCCUUUUAUUAGAAUCUCUGGAGGCGAGCUGUUUGAGAAAGUCUGUAAUGAUGAUAACUUAACUGAGAAAGAGGUUGUGCGGUACAUGAAGCAAAUACUGCAAGGCGUGGAACAUAUGCACAGGAAACGUAUUGUCCACUUGGAUCUUAAGGUAAGGGGAAUUUCCUAAAGUCAUCUUAAAGAGCUGCAUUAGGAUUAAAGAAAUUUAAUUUCAGUGGUCACAAAUUAAUAUUAAUAAAAGUAAUAAACAGUAACACAUGAAAGUGCAUUUCAGAAGCUUUCAUUUGAACAGCCUCGUGAGCUUUAUUAAAGUUUUACCUUCAGAGGUUCAUACUAAAGUCUUCCCUUUCUACUCAGCCUGAGAAUGUGCUUUGUGUGAUUCGUCCUGAUGGUAAGGAGGAUCUUAAGCUGAUUGACUUUGGAAUGGCGCGAGUACUUGAGCCGGGCAAAACCGUGAAAGUGGCCUGUGGUACGCCCGAAUUUGUAGGUAAGAAAACAAGGCAUUUAUAAGCUUAACUUAAUAACCUUAGUCAAUAAGAGGCCAUAGGAGGUAACCUCUCGAUUAGACUUGAAAUGAGUGCCAUCCUGGAUAUUUCUACAUCCCUGGUAGUUACUUACUCAAAAUAUUUCUCUUGUACUUUUAGCGCCCGAAGUGAUCAGUUACGAAGCCAUCAGCCUAGCCAGUGACAUGUGGUAAGAAUGAUUCUUAAUCCUUGUUUGCUUCAUAUAAAAACAUGGCUGUGCACCAUUAUAAGGCUGGUACAUAACUGAUCUAAGGUGUCCCUUUUUUUCUUUUUCUGUUUCUUCUGCAGGAGUGUGGGCGUCAUAGCAUACGUUUUGUGAGUAUGAUUUUUCUAUUUUCCCUUUCUGUCUUAGCUCACCCUUGUAUUGUUAAACAUAACUUUUCAAGGGUGAUUUUAUAUGGUUACGAGUCUUUCAAUUGUUGCUUCCUUUUCUUCACUUGCCUAAAAGACAAAAACGAAGUUAGGUAGUGAUGUCAGAUUGUCACUCAAUUACAAUGUUAUCUUUUCUGAUUUUUUUAAAAUCUAUCUACAGGCUGAGUGGUCUAUCACCCUUCAUGGGAGACGAUGACAACGAGACCAUACAGAACGUGUCCACUGCUGAGUGGGAUUUUGAAGACGAAGCUUUUGACGUCGUGUCAGACAUGUCCAAAAAGUUUAUUGAGGAACUGCUCAUCAGAAGUCCCGAGUCAGUAAUUCUAAAUACUUCUUUAUUUCAUUUCAAAGUCAACUUAACAAUCGAUACCAUGACAACGAGACGUGAGUUCACAAUCUCGAACAUGAAAGAAAGGUCCGCUUAAAAACUUCCAUAUUCAGGAAGCCUGCAUAUCUGCAUCGAUUUUCACGUGACGGUGAUAUUUUGGCUAUAGGUUUAUCAACGUUCGAGCAGAUUGGGAAGGAGUUCACACACCUAAACACUUAUUCCGUUAGAACAACAUUUCCAUAAGCCUAGAAGUUUUGUUACUGACCCUAUCUUCAUGAUGUUACCUAGCUAAUGGAUAUUUGGUGUUGCAUUCUUAGGAAGAGAAAUGAUGUUUUCAAUUGUAUGAACCAUGAUUGGUUGAAGGUAAGAGAGCAGAUUUUUUGCUUGUAGAUUCCCGUAUCUCAUGUGUAUGUCAUUGGAAUCUUAAGCCUCCCUCUUUCCGCUUCCCCCUCCUCCUCUGCUAUUACGGUUCCAUUUUUCCGUUGAUAGGAUAAAUACCCGUCUAGUACGCGCCCGUGAUUUCUCUGCCUUGGUAGACCCUCAAAACUUACAAAAAUUCGCUAUUAUCCCACCUUAGGUAGGACAACUUUUACAAGCUUAGUUGCUGUCGUGCUCUCCAUCUAAACUGUAAAAGUAAUAUAAAAGAAUUUAGUCAUUGUUAUAUUGCGUAAAACUUAGAAAGCAACUUCACUGGCAUUUUUCUUUUAAGAUAUACUUAUCUUUUACUUUCUUUUCUUUUCCCUAAUAGAAAGUCAAAACAAUUAAGGCUCAGAAGCUCAGCACGGAAAACUUGAAGAAAUUUAUUGCGCGCCGUCGUUGGGCGGUAAGUGUCUGUCAAUUUUCAAAAUUGUCCUUGCAAUGCGUUAGGUGAUUAUUUUUGUAGUGUUUGGGGACUGAUAGUAAAUUACAUUCUCGCUCCUCUUUAGUUAUGUCAGUCCUUCAUUUUGACUGCUUGUUUCCUUACCCCACCCUCCUCCUCCACUUCGUAUAUUACUUCAUUUUCUCACCCACGAUGAUCAGGCAAUCUAGGCCAAAACAUGUUCCAAAAACUGAUCUGUUUUCUGUAUUUGUUCCCUGUAGAGAACAGCGAAUGCCUUGCGAGCUCUGAGCCGAAUGGGAUCCCUUGGUGGGCUGAUGGCUGGAGGAGGCAAACCAGGUGGCGCAGCUGCCGCCUCUAAACCUGGUGGCUUCCUCAAGAAGGUAAAAGAAGAGAAGGCCAAGGAGGAAGUUCAGGAGAAAGCAGCCAAAGCGGAGACGAAGAAGGAGCCAUUCAAGGAGGAGGUAUCUAAGGAGGAACCGAAGAAAUUUUCAGCAGGUGAUAGCCUCAUACCAGAAAGACGGGGCCUGAGUUAUUCGGGUCGCCGAAGUCCCGCCUUGAGUGGCAGGAGAAGCCCGAUGUCUCGGGCAGAAGCCCGUAAGUAUAGCACUCCUGAUCCACGCGUUGUAAUCACGUUCGUCUGGUUUGUGUUGUGUUGUCGAUAGCCAUUUAACGUUGCAUUAUCUUAACGGGAGUACCGCUGGGCUAUCUCGUCCUUCCUUCUUACCGCCUUUUUUUUCGGGCUGAAUCUGAUCCUGUUUGCCUAGAGGUAUUAUACUUCAAUCAGGAGCACUUAAAUGGAACCAGCUUUUUGUCAUGUUCACCGGCAGUCUGUUGUUCCAAGUGGGCCUCUCAAUUUUCUUUCUCACUUGUCAGUCAAAUUUCAGAAUCCACUUUUAUUUCAAUCCGCUUUCUCAAGGCGCUUUUCUGAAAAAACGAUUUUUUUAAAUCCGCUUUCUUCACUUCUUUCCACUGAGCUCUUUACAGUUGAUGACAAAGCGAUGACAGAAGACGCAAAACUCUUUUGCGCCUGACAGAUUCGUAUUCAUCCCCUUAAAGUGCUGUUAUUUUCUCUACAUUUUUGCUUAUUUUGGAAAUAUGGUUCUUAAAACAUUUGCUCUAGAAAUCAUCAUUCCUUUUAUUCUUACAACCACCUACUUCAUCCAGAUAUUGUUCGCUCCAGAAAAGGUGACCCUGCCGGAACUGGUCGAGUGUGUUAAUUUUUAUUGAGAGAACCGCUGUGGAUGGAACUUUGUAAGUGUUACAGUUGACUGUAGUCGUAGACGGUUCAGGGGUAACAUAGGCUCUAUUCCGUGUAGGUUUUAUGUCGCAGCUUUGUUUUAAUUUUUGACUCAAGAGUUCAAAUGUCUUGAGUUCACGGCCGCUCUAGCGCUCUAACCGUUUUUUAUUUGUAACGAUUACAAUGUCUCCUUUUGGGGUGCUGUGACGUUGAUAUAUGAAUAUCUCAAGAAAAAUUUAAACGGCUAACACUCCCAGCUAUAUCGAUUUUUUUCAGUGUGGUUUUUCGACACACAAACUUAGCUCAGUUCUGCUAAGUAUCAACACCAGUUCAUGACGAGUUAUAGUGCAGCUAGUAAAGGUCACAUUUAAUAUCCGGUCUGUUUUCCUGCAUUUCAACCUUCACUUGGAUCACUGUAUAUUUUUUAUUGGAUUAUCCAUAUUUAGCUCUGAAGGUUAUUUUUACACAUCCUGAUAAAAAGCUGUUUUUUCUUCUUUUAAUCUCGGAUAAAACCUGUGAAUAAAUGUCUUGAUAUAAAGUGCUUCUGGCGCCUCUGUGAUUCCUUCUUAAUACUUGGAAUCUAAGCGCUCUUAUAACUCACUGAGCUGUUCUCCAGGUACUUUUUUAAUCCAGAAACAACUUUUCGAGUGUAACUUUUUUUUAUCCUCGUUCGCUUUCAAUUAUACGACUCUUCGUCGAAAGAAGGCAAACAGAUUUUGAAACAGUUUACUUUCUCUCAUUACUUCAUGGCCCUCCGCAUUUUUGUCUAAUUACACUUAAAUGCCAAGGUGUUUUUUUUGAAGACUGUUUCUGACAAUAAGUAAAAGAAAAAUUACUUCAUAAUGGUCUCAUUGUUGAUGUACUUUGACACUUAAAAAGUGUCAAAUUUCAUAUGUUAAUUGAAGGCGGGCGAAUUUUUGUCGAAGUUUCGAGAACCUAAUACAUUUUAUAAUGUGUCUGGUGCCAGUGAAGCCUUACUUGACGUUUGCGUGAUCAAUCUUUUUAACACAGAGUCAGAAUUCACCCCCUAAAGAAACUGAAAAUUUUCCUUCAUUUAAGCAAUCAUAACGUCUCGCGUGAGUUUUAAGCGGUCGUGGAGACUGGUACAGAUGCUGUUAUCAAUUUCUGUGGUUGUUAGUACCUAAGUUAUUCAUUGCGCGCAGUAACUGAUUGUCACUCCAUGUGAAGUAAUCAUGAAUCAUAGCAUUCUGUUGGCCAGGAGAUUCUCUUCAACUCGUAAAGACAUCAAAAGCACCUUAACAGGUUCGUGUAAAUCGUGUAACUUUGCAUUUAACAUAUAGAAACGUUAUUGUCGGAACUACAAGUAUAUGUGAACAAUUUUCGCUCAAACAUUCAUCAUAGCUAUACCGUCCUCAUCUGGCUCCCACCCGCGCUGAAUUUAAUGUGUAUAUUCCAUGAAUUAUGCCUUUGAAAUACUCUCUUAGUUGUGAUUCGUAUGUGAACGUGUUUAGUUCAAUACUUUGAAUUUUCUCUGUUAGAAAAAGCUUCACGCUUCUUUCGACGUCCGUGAAAUCAUUCUGCGGCGUAUCGUGUUAAUAAGUUAAAUGAGUAACAUUUAAAGUUGUCUGGCACUACGUUUGGUAAUCAAACGCCUCUCGUUACCCAGACUAAAUUUUCGGAGCUUUGUGGUUGUGGCAGAAAAAUGACGAUUGCCUACAAACGUUAUUUAUUUUUUUCCCGUCAUCUUUUUCAUCUUACUCUGUAAGAAUAAUGAUGAUGCUUUUUAAAAUGUCAAAUAUUUUCGUCCGUUUCGGAAAAGGGUUAUCCUGAAGAUAAAAGUGUCUAAUUACAUGUCAGCUGUGUUGCAUUCCUUGGGUUGCACAAUGUAACUCUCUUUCAUAAUCGAGAGUAAGAUGUCAAGUUAGUUUAUUAUGUCGGCUUAUGAUUUCCAAUGCUUUGUGUCUUUUAGUUGGAGAUAAUCUACGUGCUUCUGUUCUUCUCUCUAAUCUUUCCGGUUUUCAUGUCCUGUUGACGUGCUCUACAUUUUAGGGUGUUGAUAGGGCUGCGAUGUCUUGAGAGAAAGUUCUCGUUUACUUAAGACCUGUUUCAUAAUUAUUACAUGAAAGGCGUCCUCUGAUUAGUUUGCAUAAUUCAUUUGACCAAGAAAAUGUUUAAUUGAAUUUGUGUUUUACUUAUCGUGUUGUGUGGAAUAAUAGUCAAACCCUGGCCUGUCACGUUGUGGGAAAGAAACACGCUGAUAAUAUUUACUUAAAUCAUUCCAUUGUUUUUCAGUUUGUUUAUUCUUCACUUUUAUCUGUCUACUUUCAUCAGCGUUGUCUUUUGUUUGAAGUAGAUAAAUGCCUGGGGGUUAUCUCGAGUGCUGUUAUCGCAAUAACGUCCUUGGCAAGAUUUCUGUUCUGCUCUCUGUUACUCCCAAAAAAGGUCUUCUUGUUGUUGUUCAGUUUGUUAACUACUGAAUACUUUUAAAAGGAGUGCACGGCUUCUCUUUUAGAGUAUAGAUGCUUUUUUUAAUAUUUUGUGAAAUCUCAUUGAUGUAGUCGCUAAUUAUUCCAAUCUGCUUAAUUUCGUAGCAUGUGGUGUUUUCUAUAAACACGUCACAUUUUGUCACGUCAAAAAUCUUUGAGUGCUGUAUAAUGACCAGUUCACUUUCAGAUAGUUUAUUUAUUCUCCUAAAUGUUCCUCUUAAUUGGCAUCUUCAUUUAGUGUUGAGAACUUGGUGGUGUAUCCUAGCAAACUUUUGUAUUGCGCUCGCAAUGAGAAAGAUAACUGAAAAAAAAAAAAAGAUCCUUUUUCGUUAAGCGUGGGAAACUGUGCCCACGAUUUCCUCUCUUUUUCCUUCUUUCACGUAGCGAUGGUUGCAAUGCAAUCCUAUUUCACUUUGCUUCCUGACUUUCUUAAUUCCUACAUGAUCUGAACACCCACGCGAACACGUGGGUCAAACGCUAAGGGAAAUGCACCUAUUUAUCUGACUUUUAAUCCUUGACUGAUUCAAAAACUUUUUUUAUUCUUCUAACGCGCUGAAAUUGAUAGUAUUGAUUUUGACAAAAUGUUCUAUAGUCACUGUACGGACCAGACUAGAGCUGUGGUUAUUCUCUCUUUUUGAGCUGGUCAGAGAUCAUAAAACACAUCUUUUGUGACCCACACAUCAGCAUCGAAAUCCUUCUUAAAUGAUCUUUUUCUGUUACGAGUUGUUUUAUUAUGGUAUACUUGUUUCUCUGUGUUCAUCACUACCUUACUUCCUAUUGUAUGUUUGACCUUGUACCAGCUCGGUGAAGGGAAAUUAACACCUUUUUCUUCUUUUAAUUAGUCCAAGAAUGAAUGUCGUGGGUUGUUUCCUGUAUGUCUUGCUUUGAGAAAUAACGUGAAUUUUACUUCCCCUGCAAAAUCGCCUUCUCUCCUCUACUUCACCCACUCCUUGUCGCGCUUUGUCGCGCCUUUUCCUCCCUUCAAAUUGAAACUGUUUCUGGAGCCACUUGUGCUGAACUUCUCGUGACUUUUCUCCCCCUAUGUCUCUGAAGUCUCGCGUUGACCACGUGUAACUAUCACGUGUUUGUUUCUUUAAGCCCAAUCAGUACUUGCCGCCAUACGUGCCAUUGUGUAACACGCACGUAUCCAUUGUUAAUCAUUCAUCUUAUUUCCCAUGUAGAUGGUAUGCCACUAGGCCCCCCUGUCUUCAUUCAACACCUGACGAAUUGCGAGAUCAUAGAGAACAGCGCCGCCAGAUUUGAAUGUAAGGUCAGCGGUAACCCUGAACCGGAAGUGGAAUGGUAUAAAGACGGGAAGCUACUGAAGGAAAGUAAACAACUCACAUUCCUGUACGAUGACAACGACAACUGCAAACUUAUCAUCACUAAGGGCACAGCAGCUGACGCUGGAGAAUACAUGGUUGUGGCCAAAAAUCCUCACGGUAAAGUAUCGAGUAGUGCACGAUUGCUUAUCGACACGGGUUCAACGGACGAUGAAACCGCGAGCGAGUCCGAACUCUCCGAACUGUCUGGCUCUGAAGCUGAGGAGAGAACGAUGACCCCAAAAGAGGAAAAGAUCACGAAGUACUACACUGUUCAAGAUGAGCUCGGCAAGGGACGGUUCGGUGUUGUGUGCAAGUGUAUUGACAAUAAAACGGGACGCGCUUAUGCCGCCAAGUUCAUCAAAUGUACUGCGCCCAAGGACAGACAAGACGUCAUACACGAAGCAGAGAUCAUGAGUUCUGUUCGGCACAGGCGGCUUCUUCGGCUUCAAGAUUUCUUCCAGACACCCACAGAGAUGAUACUCGUCAUGGAUCUUGUCACGGGUGGAGAGCUGUUUGAGAAGGUGGUAGAAGAUGAGUUCAUCUCGGAGAUAGAAGUGUCGCAUUACAUGAAACAGAUAAUGGAAGGUGUUCAGCACUUGCAUCAGCGAGAAGUUCUCCAUUUAGAUCUCAAACCCGAAAACAUCAUGCUUAUUAGACCGGACAGUAAACAAAUCAAGCUUAUCGACUUCGGCCUGGCGAGGAAGUACAACCCGAAGGAAAACCUUAAGGUUAUGUUUGGAACACCAGAAUUUGUUGCCCCAGAAGUCAUUACAUACGAGCGUAUUACACCUGCUACGGACUUGUGGUCCGUUGGAGUCAUAGCAUAUAUUCUGCUGAGUGGUUUAUCGCCUUUUAUGGGGGAUACUGAUGCCGAGACCCUGACCAACGUCCAACUGGCAGAGUGGGACUUUGACGAUCCUGUCUUUGAUGAUAUCUCAGAUGAAGCAAAAGACUUUAUCAGCGGUCUACUUGUGCUUAAAGCAAACAAGAGGAGUACUGUCGAUCAAUUACUCAAACAUCGCUGGUUCACUAUCGAGAAGGGCAAAGGGAAAAAACUGAAGACCGACCGUCUCAAAGCGUUCACGGCGCGAAGGAAAUGGAGGCGAGCCAUCACCGCGAUCCGAAGCACGAACUUUUUGAGCCGGAUUCUCGGAAGCCGCGGGUCCGAUGAUAAGAAGAGUAGUGGGGGUGGAGGUGGUGGAUUGUUAGCCCGAGUCAAAGCAAUGCAUGCUGCCGGUAUUCAAGGUUCGGAAGGAGGUGUUCCCCCGGCGUCCUCUCCUUUCCUAUCACCUGCCUCAGCAGCGUUCAGCACCAGUAACAGCUUCACUUCAGUAACUGUAACAGAAAGAACGCAAACACAAGGAGAGACAACUGUUUUAGAGAAGGAGACAGUGACUGUUACCAAAGACGGACAAACAACUGUUAAAGAAAAAGAAACUACAACAAGAAUCGGCGAAUUCAAGCAGCAAGAUAGCACAACAGAAGAAGUCGAUAAUGGUUAGCGUCAAUUUGUCGUCAGAAAAUGGCAUCGUAAAUGAAAGUUUUAAAUGAAGAAGAAAGAGAUCAAUCGAUGAUGUAGACUUAAAUGUGAAAAUUGUUUUACGCAGAGUAAUAUCUUAAGUUUUGUUCCAAUUUCAUUUUGCUUUGUAGGUCACACGUAAGUACACUACUGAACAGGAGUGCUAUACUUAAUUAAUUAUAACAAAUAUUUGAUAUACUUAAACAUAAUUCUAGUUAUGGUCGUUUCCGAUGACUAUCUGAAAAGAAGUGGAAACUAAAAGCGGAUUUCUGCAAUGUUGCCAAAUUAUUAAGCGUAGGGUUUUUUUUUUCGGUUUUUCGCUUUUCAACUGCGAAAACUGGCCAAAAUUGUUAUUUAAUCUCUUAAAAAGCGAACUGUGUACUAAAGUGUUUUGUUUUUAUAUUUGGAGUCUAUUUCAUAUGAGUAGUGAUUGCUGUGGGUUUUUUUCCCGCCGUCCUGGUUGGCCUCUUGUUGUUAAUUCUGAGUUCUUGCCGUGAAGUAAGCCUAUAAAAUUUGAAAUCUCAAGCCGUGGAGGGAAGGUUCUUUCAGAGGCCAUAACUUAAAGGAAAGCCACAACAUAUGUAGAAUUGUUAAUUAAUUUAAAGGUGAAAGAGACCGUGGAAUAGAAUGCCGUAUAUGGUUAUAUUUCUGUUCUCGAACAAACUGUUGAAAAAGGCUUGAAUUUACGUUUGAAGAAUUCGUAUGCCAGCAGGGUGUACUUCUAAAUUCACUUACAUUUUCUAUUCCUACUUUUUCUGUGCCUGAACCACACAAGUUGUAGCUAUUUCAAGUAAUUCUAUUCGACGACAGUUAAUCACAGUACAUUCUUUUCUCGCUUUAUCACCUGAAUUACAAACAAUUGUUUUAUGUCAGGAAGGACACAUGGUUGAAAUUAAGUUAACUGUGUGUUAUACACAGGAGACUAAAGAACUCCAAGUUGUGCUUUGUAUGGACUUAUUUUCUCAUGAAAACAAUUAUUAGCGUUGUUCAAGUUUAAGUACAGAGGAUUAUACGGAUUAUAUUUUACAGCUAACAGAAAAUUAAGUAAGAUAUUGCACACAGACAUGUUUGUUCGAUAGCAGAUUAUUGCGUGACAUGCAAAUCAUGCAGACGUCGUGCUGUUGUCGGAUUUUGAAUAAAUCACUCGACUGAAAUUUUCUCCAUUCUUGGUAUUUGUUUGGUAGAGCUAAUCUACUUCAAUACCUUGUGAGAUUGUUAGGGUUUUUUGUGGUCUUCUUCGCGUUUACGAGACGGCAAAAUGUCUAAUGAUGCCAGUAAGUGACUUAUUUAUAUAUUCCUCUCUAAGGCGUUAACCGCUUUAAGCUAACUUAUUCACUGCUCGGUCUGUGAUUCAUGAUAUCUGUUUUGUCUUCUUUGUGUAUUGAGGAAACUUCUUUUCCGAAUUUGCUCUAGUUAAUCGUAAUAUUUUGAAAAAGAUCUCGUGUUGGUAUUUUGAACAUGAUUUUCAUGUGGUGUUCGUAGCCGAGCCACUAAGAGUUUAGUAGAUGCUUUUCUUCGUUCAACUUGGAACUUUGAAAUGUUUUCUUUUCAGUAAUAUUUCCUGUAUAACUUGGCCUUCUAACCCAAAACACCUGUACAACCGCCAGUAUGACAUUAAAGGUUUUUGAAAAACCUUUAAAAAGAAAAAAGUUGAUGUCUGCAUCAGAACAAUUAAUUACAAACCUUUUGGUCUUACUCUGUAUAAAAAAUUGUAAAAGUCAUCAGCAAAUUGUUGAAGCAUUGCUUCAAACCAUUGAUAUCAAGAGGUAAUACUUGGCAAAAUAAACAUUGUUUAACAAAAAACUAACGACAAAACUAGCAAAGAAUGAAGUACCGGUUUGUAUGCUGAAGAAAUUCUUUUGGAUGCAUGAUUGAUUGAUAUUUUUUCUGUGAGAAUUGUGACUGAAUCGCUUUUUUGUUCUAUUAAGAUCGUUUUUCUCUUGCUACGUUUUGUGACAUUUUCUCUUACAGUUUAAUAACACGGUUUAUAACCCUCAUUCAGUGUUAACUGUGUAGUAUUUCAAAAGCAAAUGUUGCAGAUCUGCUCCAUAUGCAAAUUAUUUAAAAUACUUCAAAAUCCUGAAGCUUAUUCAAGUAUGUCUUGGUUUGUAAUUACUUUCUGAUGUUCUGCGCUUUGUUCUGUAAAGCAAACGUAUUAAAUCUGUUAUUUCAUGGAGGAAGAAUUGUUUCUACAGAGGUCGCUUAUGUUUUCUGCGUUGAAAUUUCGAUCACAGGCUUAGAGUGAUGAUAAGAACUGUUGUUUCCGCCUCUCUUCAGUUAGACGAUUGGAAACGUACUAUUAGCAGCUGUUAUUACAUAGGUGGCUAAGGUCAUCUAUAAUAUCAUGUUGUUUUGUAUAAUGCAGUUGUAUUCCAUUUGUGAAGUAAUUUUCUUAACUAACCUGGUCAACGGUCGUUGGCCUAAUAGAGUCCAGUGUAUCUUAAAAAUGUUACAGACCAGGGGUUUUGCUUCUGAAAGAUUUUGUUUCCAUUAUUAGCUAAGAAAUUAGUGAGAAAAUUACACUUUGACUGAGGAGUUUUGCUUCACUUGAAAGUGAUCCUUUUCAAGAAAAGCCCUUGAAUCACGUGAAAACUGCGUGAUAAGCAGGACUGUUAAGUAAAGAAAGUUGGCGUUAGCACUGCAGUAAUAGCCAAUUAACGCUAAUCUCGAUCGCGCGAAUCUGGCGUAAAAGCUGCCAUAAAAAAAAUUAUCAAGGUCCGUCAAGGUAUUAACUUAAGCCUGGUUUUCGCUUCAUUGUAACCUAGGAGUACAUAAAAACGUUGAACAACACCAGUGAAAGCAUUCAUUUGCUUUCGGUUGUUCAUUGUUUCUAUGUAAUCGUUUGCUUGCCCUUUUACUCUGUAGAAAGCGACAACCAGGUUGAAUUACAUGUUGUGUGUAUCUUAGUGUCUUUCUUGUGAUAACAACUGUAGGUAAAACAGGCGGUCUUGGAGGAGCAGCCAACACUCCACAAGCCAUCGCUAAGCGUUAUUCCACUGGAGGAGUUGCUCUUAAACUGGAAAAUGUCGACAAAUUUUGGGGAAUCAAGCACGAAAUAGCGAAGUAAGGGCAAUUCUGCUUUUUGUUAUGAUGUUUAAUCAGUCAACUAAUUCAUUUGUUUUGAUGCGCACGAUAAAAAUUUCGGUUACCUUGGAAUUCUUUAGCAAUCAAUUAUUCUGCACUAACCUAAAGUAUAUUCUCUUAUUUCACCAUAGGGGUCGUUUCUCAGUUAUAAAGCGCUGCUUAGACGCCAAAACAAAGAAACCUUUUGUAGCGAAAAUUAUUAAAUAUGAAGACGACACAGACCGUGAAGAUACUCUUCAGGAAUUUGACAUCCAUCGAAGCAUCAAAGGAGACAAAGUGGUUAUGUUGCGGGAUGCAUUCCUCAUGAGGAGAUAUCUUGUCCUUGUUAUGGACAUGUAAGUGUGACAAAAGUUGGCUAAGGUAGUACGUCCACUGUAUCAUCUCAUACUUAAGUUCAGGAGUUUCUUUGGUCUGACUGUUUUUGUGUUUUCCUUUGUUUCAAAGGUUGGAGGGACAAGAUAUCCUAAGCUUUGUAGGAUCAAAACCCAGGCCGAAUGAGGAAGACAUUUGUUUUGUAAUUCGACCUUUGCUUGAUGUAGUGAAUUAUCUUCAUGGCCAGCAGAUUGUUCACUUGGACAUAAGGGUAUGUGAAGUAAAGCUCGAUUGUAAGUGGGUAUUGUAUUUUAUAUGCUUUAUUUUUUUCACUUCCUCGUUUGAAUACGGGUCGAACUACCUCCUGGUCUUGUAUUUUCCUUUAGGAACUGAAUAGGGUUUUACAGCCAGCUUGUAUGUGUAAUCACUUUGUUGGUUUCUUUUUACAGCCUGCGAACAUUUUCAUCGCCAAAAGUAACUUGGGUGUGAAACUGAUCGAUUUUGGAAGUGCUCGCCGCAUCAAGAACUGGAAGGAAGGAGACAUGUUGGCCAUUGUUAGUUAUGUUGCAUUUACAGGUGAGUUGCACAAAUCAGAAUCCACUUUUGUAAUAACCAUUGACACAAGGGCGUGGUUCAUUUAGCGCAUGAGUUAUAGUGUAUAAAUAUAGAAUAAGAAAGAUAAUAUAAUAUAAGAUAAGAAAUAAAUAAUGGACAGAAUAGCGAUUUGGAUAGCAAGCAAGUAAUCAGGCCUAGAAGAAAUUUUCUGUUAUCAAAGGCUAUCGUGAGACCAGUUUUUAUCUGAGGAAAUAGUCUGCUCUACACUUGCUAUUACUGCUUUACAAAUUACAAUAGUAAUUUUUCUAACACACUUGGGAUGAAAAUUCACUCUGAUCGUGACAAACGUUUCCGAGAGACAUUGGUAAUAACCUAGUUACAGUGCAUUUCUUUGAUUUGUUUCCAGCUCCAGAACUGCUGGACUUCGCCCCAGUCAGUGGACCAGCAGACAUGUGGAGCAUCGGUGUUCUCAUCUACGCUCUGUGAGUGUGACCAAUAUUACUUUUUAAUUGAACUAUGAAAUAUCAUUAAUUCGUAAUAAAUACAUAUCUCAUUUGAAUUUUUGUUGAGGAAGGGAAUCGCAGUACUACAAAUAGUUAGAAAACAGUUUACAUUCAAACGUCACGAGCUUAGAACAACAUCACGAUACUUUCAAUCUCUGAAUAAUUAUUUUAUUGAAACACUCCCCUUUCACCUUAAUCCUUAAAACCUUAACAUCAGUAUGCAUAUUUUCCAUAAUGAUCUCUGUACAUUUCAUAAGGUUCUGACCAGGAGAAUUUGUUUAUGAAUCAAGGGUUUCUCUAUGGGUACACACCCUAAUAUCAGUAGGCAUAUUCUCCAUAUAGUUCUCUCAGUAUUUCCUAAGGUGCUAAACGAGUAGAGUUUGUUUACCAAUUAAGAGUGCCUUAAUUAAGGUCACGAGGUGACCUUAAUUUUUUAUUUAGGGGGGAUAAUGUAUGAAGGAAUUGGUUGGUGCUCAGUCUUUGUGGUCAAAAGGUUAAAAGAAGAAGAUAAACAAUCCACUCAGUGCUGGUUCUUAUUAAGGAUUCUAUUACGAUACUCUCGGGUUUUACACCAAGAACAAAUCCACAAAUAAUCAUUUUCGCCUUUAGCUGAAAUGAAGGCCUGGAAGUAAACAAAGCUGAUUACGUGCUUAGCUUGUGAACUUCAUUUUUCUUUGUGUUUGUUUUUUUAUUAUUAUUUUAGCAUGAGCGGAAUGCUGCCUUUCUCCGUGGAAACGAGGGAUGACGACGACGAAGACGAAAAACUUGGUGAAGUGAUCAAAAGGGGCAAAUGGUCUUUUGACUCCAAAGCAUUUCAACGCAGCACCUCAGAAGUAAAAGAUCUGAUCACCUCUCUCCUUUCGAAGGAUGCCAAGUAAGUCACGAUAGCCGUUUUUGGAUGGAAAUUUAAUUUACCUUCUACCGCCUGAUCAGUCUGCUGGACCAUUUGAAAUACAUUAAUUUAAAUUUGAGAUCAAAAUCUCUUAUUUUCAUUUUAAUUAAAAUCGUCCAGGGUUACAGUAGUAUGACAAGUAGAGUCAGUAAAACUAAAGUUCUCUCACUGUGUUAUAUUAAGAAAGGGCGUUGAACCUUUUCACUCUUAACGGCUGUGGAAGAAUUGGGUGUUACAUUAAGGUGAAUUGCUCACUGAUUCCCUUGUCCAUAGUCGUCAUCUGUUGGAUAAUUGUCGAUGGUUUGAGUUCGUCUUCAGUGUUUUUUUUUUUUUUCAUCGCUUUAACAGGAAAAGUAGUUCACUCCUUUUGUGGAACACAAAGUGAUUUUGUUUUUUUUCCAUUUACUCGUAGAAAACGUCCCACCGCAGAAGAGGCCGCGAAACAUCCUUGGCUCAUGGUAAGUUCCUAAAACAUCCUUGAUCAUCUUGCUUCAAAUUUAAUUGAGUGCAUAUAAUCUGAGGUUGUAGAAAUUUGAUUUAUGCACUUCAACCAAUAGUGUUCAUUCUCUUGUUAGGGCGAUAAUUUGCAGAAACGUCGUUCAAGUGACGUGGCGAGCUCCAAGCUCAAAGAUCUUAGUCAGAAACUUCUGUUAAAGGUUUGUUUUUUCAGUAAACUUAUAUAAUUCAUUAUACAAUCUGCAUUCAGUUUCCUUAGCAAGAGCUUGUCUUUACAGAUACUCUGAAUUUUCUAGGAUCAAAUUGAGUUAUUUAUCUUUAUGAGAAUCGCAUUUAAAGACAAAAGGAACAAAUUUUACUUCUCUUGUAUGGCUUUUUUCGCAAUGUGAUGUUACAUAUUUAUUUUUUCGUUCUUUCUUUCUUUCUUUCUUUCUUUAUUUUUCGCUUAAAUAAGAAAAGAGGAAUCCCCGAACUAUUUCUCUAGUUUGGCCGUUAAACCAAAUCACAGCGAACUGGAAGAGUUGUCAAGAGAUACACAGAGUAGUUUGUUUCAAAAUGUUUUUGAAUGACAGUCAUUAACGUAUUUGUUGACCACAGGACAAGGAAGAUGUUGUGUCGGCAUCCUGUGUCCUAAAGACCUUCAGUGAGGAUCCUUACGACUCUCCGGACUCAGACGAGGAGUAGAUAUGUGUACCCGACCUGUGUACCAACAGAAAGUGAUCCAUAGCGGCGCGCUCCUGCGCCAAGAUUAAUUAGCUUUUUGUGAAUAACAACAAAGACUUUUCAACUUAGAUAGUGAUUUCAAACAUUGCGAUUAAGUACAUUUAUAUUGAUUCUUUUUGACAAGCAUAUUCAAUAAUUUUCUCUAGAAGCAUUGGUCCACGAAAUAGUAUUUAUUUUUGUAGGGUAUGUUUUUGUAGCAAUGUUAUAAUCAUAAUAUCCAUUUUUUACUAUUAUCCUUAAGCAAGUCAUGGCUUUAUGGUGCAUUUCAGUAGCAAAUGCUUUUGCACGUUCCUGUUCGUUUCUAGUUGUUUAGUAAGUGAAAGCGGGAAUGUUACAAUUUAUAGAAAAGAGUUAGUCAUACUAAGAAAGACUACUUCUACUUUUUAAGACAAACUCGUUAAUCAGACAUAGUUGUGAUUUCAUAAUGAAUUCGCCAUUGCGGUAUUUCUGUUUAGUCAAACAUUUGCAAGUGAAAUAAAACACGUUUUAAAUAU